GGAUCAGCUCCCCUCUAUAAUGUGAAUGAACAGUGUUUCUGGCUGGGGAAUCCACCAAAACCACAAACCAGAGAAAGCAUUGCCAGGCAGGCUUGGUCUGUGUCCCUCCCUGGCCCUCUCUGCCUGUGUUCCCAGCAGUGGUGGUGGUGGUGUCAGACUGCUUUCUGCAUUGAGAGGUGGAUUGGAUCUGUAGCCCUCCAUGUAUGACAAUUUGUACCUGCAUGGAUUUGAAGAUUCGGAGGCGGUAAGCAUUCUGUGUACCCCCAUCCCUCCCUCCAACCCCCCACCCCCAAUUUUCAUUUUUUAAAUAAUAUUUAUUUAUCUUUUUUUGUGCAAAAUAUUUAUUUUAGCAUUUCAGGUGAUGCAGGAGAAUGACAGAUGUGUGAAUGAUACAGAGACUUGAUUUUUUUGUGCUGCAUUUUGAAGGUACAUGCUGUCUUCUAAAAGCUUAAAAUAUCCCUUUUUUUUUUUUGCUCUACACCAGGCAUAUUAACCCUUUCAAGACCAUAGAGCUGUGUAGUGCAAUGUGAUUUUCUACCCAUGGUGCUUCAGAGGUUACACCAUAAUCAUAAAUAAUUCCCUAUUUAUUAUACCAUAUCCAUCUAAAAUGCAUCCCCCAUCCCAUCCCAAAGGAUAUUUUGUUUAAAUCAAUGUGCUUUCUGAUUAUGUUUACAUGCAGUGCAAUAGCCUGCUGCAUUGGAUAGAAAAUCUGGAUUCAAAUCUCAUAAUAACUGAGCUCACACCCUGGAUGGAUUCAGUGGAACCUAGAUUCAUUUUAUUUAGUGUUACAUUGUCACUCAACAGCAAUCCUGAGCAUUCUGUUCCUGAAUGUGUUUCACCUUUGGCCAGGUGUUUGAAACAUCAGGGUGAAAUAUUGGCAAAAAUCUUUUUUUUUUUUUUUUUUGUACUGGUGUAACUUUAUCAGGGAGGGUCCUUAUAUAAGGGUAUUGUGUUUGACAAUAGAAAAGGAUUGGUUUAAAAUUCUAACUGCAUACAGUUGGUCUAAUAUUUGAGAUGAAAAACCUAUAUAUGUGACUCAUUGUCAUAAACAAGUUUUAUUAUAUAAUAUGCAAUGGGUUAUCAUGAAAAACCCCAUGUAAUACGUCAUUGCAGAUGUGCAAACCUUGUGCUUUGAUCAUCACAGGGGGAACUGAUAGGGCUGGUUUUAUGACAGUUCUUAGAAUCUCAUACUGUUACUCAUUGUACAACAGGGAACUACAACUCCCAUGAUGAUUUAACAGCCUUAAUACUGGCAAAGCAUCAUGGAACUUGUAGUUAAGUAAUAGCUAGUCAUUCCUGCUUUAGCUAUUUUACGACUGGUUGGCUAUCUGUACUAAAACAUGUGGCUCCUUUGAAUUAUGUGGCUGACAGCCUGGCAGACUGCUAUACUAAAAACGUGACUGGCUGGCUAGCUGACUGGCUACCUCCUAUUGAAAUAUGUGGCUGGCAGCCUGGCAGACUGCUAUACUAAAAAUGUGACUGGCUGGAUAGCUGACUGGCUAUUGAAAUUGAAAUAUGUAACUGGUUGGCUGCUGCACUAAAAUGUGGCUGGCUGUACUAUACAUUUGGCUAGCUGUAUUAUAAAUGUGACUAGCUGUACUAUACAUUUGGCUAGCUGUAUUAUAAAUAUGGCUAGCUGUAUUAUAAAUGUGGCUGACUGUAUUAUAAAUCUGGCUAUCUGUACAGUAAAUGUGGCUAGCUGUACUAUAAAUGUGGCUAGUUGUACUGCAAAUGUGGCUGGUUGUACAGUAAAUAUGGCUAGCUUUACUGUAAAUGUGGCUAACUGUACUAUACAUGUGGCUGGCUGUACAGUAAAUGUGGCUAGCUGUACUGUAAAUGUUGGUAGCUGGACAGUAAAUGUGGCUAACUGUACUAUAAAUAUUGCUGGCUGUACUAUAAAUGUGGCUAGCUGUACUGUAAAUGUGGCUAGAUGUGCUAUAAAUGUUGCUGGCUGUACUAUAAAUGUGGCUAGCUGUACUGUAAAUGUGGCUAGAUGUAAGUAAAUGUGUCUAGCUGUACUAUAAAUGUUGCUGGCUGUACUAUAAAUGUGGCUAUAUUGUAAAUGUGGCUAGCUGUACAGUAAAUGUGGCUAGCUGUACUAUAAAUUUAGCUAGCCAUAUUGUAAAUGUGGCUAGAUGUACUGUAAAUGUGGCUGGCUGAUACCAUGUUUGACAGAGGGAUUGAUUGCAGACCUAGUCCGUGUUUUCGCACAAGAAAAGCCAUAUGGGCAGUGCUGCUGGCGGAGAGGGUGCCCAUGACCCAGUUUCUCUGCCAUCCAAUGCCUGUGUCAGUGUUUGAUGGUUCCAGUUACAGUGUAUCAGCUCAGGUCGAGAGGCCCAGGGAGCUCCUUGUAAGCUGCCUGCAGAGGAUGUGCAGAGCCUGUUAGAGACCAUUUAAUUCCAUCCUUUCUGGAGGUGGAAGAGGAGGAGGAGGGCUGCUGGUAACGGAAGAGACACACUCCUCUCAGGGGGAUGUAUUCUUUGUGUGAAAGCAGCGACUCACAUUGGAGGGAAAAUCAGAAAGGAGCACACUGACUCUAAUGUUAUAGGAAUGGCCACCCAUGCCUGUUACUAUAACGUGUUUCUAGCUAUUCAAUUCUCCAUCUGUCCAUUAUCUAUCUAUCUAUCUAUCUAUCUAUCUAUCUAUCUAUCUAUCAUCUAUCUAUCACUCUAUCUAUCAUCUAUCUAUCUAUCUUUCUAUCACUCUAUCUAUCUAUCUAUCUAUCUAUCGAUCUAUCAUCUAUCUAUCUAUCUAUCUAUCUAUCAUCUUUCUAUCAAUCACCACUCUAUCUGUCAUCAAUCUAUCUAUCUAUCUAUCUAUCUAUCUAUCUAUCUAUCAUCUAUCUAUCUAUCUAUCUAUCUAUCUCUCACUCUAUCUAUCUCUAUCUAUCUAUCUGUCUCUCUGUCUGUCUGUCUAUCUAUAUAUCUAUCUAUCUCUCUCUCUCUCUAUCUGUCUAUCUAUCUAUCUAUUAUCUAUCUAGCUAUCUAUCUAGCUAUCUAUCUGUCUGUCUAUCUGUCUGUCUGUCUAUCUAUCUCUCUAUCUAUCUAUCUAUCACUCUAUCUCUCUAUCUAUCUAUCUAUCUAUCACUCUAUCUAUCUAUCUGUCUAUCUAUAUGUCUGUCUGUCUAUCUAUCGAUCUAUCUAUCUAUCUAUCUAUCUUUCACUCUAUCUAUUUAUCUAUCUAUCUAUCUAUCUGUUUGUCUGUCUAUCUAUCUCUAUCUAUCUAUCUAUCUAUCUAUCUAUCUAUCUAUCAUCUAUCUAUCUAUCUAUCUAUCUAUAUCUAUCUAUCUGUCUGUCUGCCUGUCUGUCUGUCUGUCUCUCUGUCUGUCUGUGUCUGUCACGUUAGAAUGUUGCUAGUAUUCAUACAUUAUUUUGUUUGCAUUUUUUGUUAAUGACAGUCUGUUACUUUAAUUCACAAAUAAAGCCAUGUUGCUGAACUGUGCUUAGUUUAUAAUAUACUGUCAGUUUAUUAAAGGACAAUUGUUAUUUUCCACGUUUUUUUUUAAUCUUUUCUUUACUUACCCUCUAUAUAGUGUAACCCCAAGACCAGUUUAAUCGCUAAAGUGUACGUUUUUGGGAAUUCACAGUUCAUUUAGAAAGUAGUUGUCAAGCCUCCUGUAACUUUUGCUCUUUCAAAAGAGCAUCCAAUUUCAUUCUAUUCAAUCCUGUUCUAGCAAAUGUAUAGUUUGAGUAAAACUAAACUAUUAAAAAAAUAGGCCUGUGUUCCACCUGUUAGUCAUAUCUUCAGCAUAGACUCUAUGCCAGUGAUGGUUAACCAUGACACCAUAAAUUGUUUCUGGACUACAUUUCCCAUGACGCUCAGAUAGCUUUUCGACUCUAGGAGCUAGCUGAGCAUCAUGGGAAAUGUAGUCCAGAAACAUUUUAUGGUGUCAAGGAUAGCCAUCACUGCUCAAUGCCGAAGAAUUGACAGAGUAGAGAGAACAGAAAGGACCUCCCAUUGACCAUAGUCCUUCUGCUCUCCACAAAUAGCAACCACAGCGCAUGUACUCUGGUUGCUAUGGAAACUACCUAACUGAUGCUACUUGCGCUGCUACGGAGUAUAGGAACAUAGUGACAUGAUGUCACUCCGUUCAAAUUCACACCGUCAAUGAAGACAGCGUGUCGACGUCAGACACAGGAGGUCUGUCCUGUUAGGAAUAUAAAUAUGUAUUGCAAACGCUAUAGUGCCUUAAUCACCGUUUAGAUCACUGCGCCAGCACUGCCAUGUUAAAAGAGAUAGUAAACUCACCUUUUUCUCCCUCACCGCAAUGGUCUCUCUGCUCAAGCUCCACCUCUUUGGCAGAGAUCAUUAAGAUCGAUGAUCUCAGCCAAUUCAAUAUUGACCCAUAGGAAAGCAUUGGGAGGCUAGCACGCAUGCGCGGCAAAAUGCCACGCUGUACCGGUCAGACGUCUCUCUGAAACCGUCUGAUUAAAGUAAGCAGAGUUUUACGCGCUAAUUUUAUGGAAGCACCUCUAGUGGCGGACAUAUUGACAGACACUAGAGGAAGUUUAACCCUGUAGAGAAAACAUUGCUGUUCAGGCUGGGGGAUUAAGCCAAAUUUUGAUAACUCAUCACAGGUUUUAUUAGACUUGAAGGUUUAAAUGUGAGAUUCCCUGAUUGGGUUAUUUACUAAACAGUGAGUUUUGGGAUUUGAUCUUUGCAUUUCAUCUGUUAGGUCACAGUAAGUGAUUCUGCAAAAAAGUCUGCCAGUUCCCUGUUUAGUAUAUAAUAUAUGAUACAUACAUCCAAUAAAUCAUUUGACAACUAAUAUGGUACCCGCCAGAAAAGCAUUUCUUACUCACUAUAAGAGCGGCCUGCAGACCUAGACUGCAGAAUUUACAUUUUACCUUUUCUGUGGAAACAAAUACUGACCAAUAUGUACUUCUUUAUUGUUUGUUAUUGACUCUGGUAUGGAUUAUAUUUUUCCUAAUUUUUUGGAGAAAUAAUUCUUGCAAAAUGCAAAAUUUAUAAUAAUCAAAUUUUCUCCUGGUGAGUUAUGUUUUCAAUCUUGUAUAUUUUACAAUCCUUAAAAAAUAUAUUAUGUAUGUAAGGAAGAUGUGUAAAUGUGUUUGUAACAGAUGCAGUAAAACUGCAACAAAAUUAACAUCUGUGUCUACAACUAUCAUCACCAGAAAUAAAUGACAACAAACUAGCAAGAUUACAUAAUUCUUAAAGGACCACUAUAGUGCCAGGAAAACAAACUUGUUUUCCUGGCACUAUACUCUUAGGUCCCUCCCACCCUCAGGGAGCCCCUCCCGCUGGGCUGAAGGAGUUAAAACCCCUUCAGCCAUUUACCUUAAUCCAGCGCUGGGCUCCCUCGGCUCUCGUGACCUCUCCUCCCCCUCCGACGUCAGCUCCCGAGUGGAAAUCAUUAACCAAUGCUUUCCUAUGGAUGUUCUGCGUGCUCAAUGCGAUUUUCGCAUUGAGCGUCGUAGUGGCGCCUCUAGCGGCUGUCAGGAAGACAGCCACUAGAGGUUGGAUUAACCCUGCAAUGUAAACAUAGCAGUUUUGGAGAAACAGCUAUAUUUACAUCUGAAGGGUUAAAACCUGGGGGAUCUGGCACCCAGACCACAUCAUUGAGCUGAAGUGGUCUGGGUGACUAUUAAGAUUAUUAUAAUGAUUGUUUUGCAGGCUAUCCAUUAAAAAGGCAGAGGCAUUCACCAUUUAAAAAAAAAAAAUUUUUAGCAAAAGGUUUUCACUAUACUCUAGCAUUUCCUUACAAAAGUGUUAGAUGUGCCCUUUUAUGCCUACUGUACUUUGCGGAGGCUCAGAUAAGAUAUAUGGUAUAUGGGUGGGGGGGGGGGAGGAGGUUGUUUACUAAUCAUCACACUUGCAGCUAAAAAUAAUUAAAAAUGCAUUUAGUUAUCUAACAUCUGGUUUUGUUUGCUAAAAGUUUUCUAAAUACUUUCAUUAGUCCCUGGCCUUAUCUUAUAGUUAGGAUAGCCUUAUGCCUAUCCCACGCAUGCUUAAACUCCUUCACUGUGUUAACCUCUACCACUUCAGCUGGAAGGCUAUUCCAUGCAUCCACUACCCCCUCAGUAAAGUAAUACUUCCUAAAAUUAUGUUUAAACCUCUGCCCCUCUAAUUUAAGACUAUGUCCUCUUGUUGUUGUAGUUUUUCUUCUUUUAAAUAUACUCUACUCCUUUACUGUGUUAUUACCAUGCAAACUUGGAUAGAUUUUCACUUGAUAAUAUCGAUAGUAAUAUAAUGUCUGCAUUAUUUGUGCAACUGACCACUCCAACACAGUUUCAUAGAAAAUCAGGGACUGUUGCCCAUAGCCUCAUAACACUAUAAGCACUACAAUAAGCUGUAGUGGUUGUGGUGCUUAGAGAAUCCCUUGAAUAAUGUAAAUUAGUGUAUUGUUUUUGAACGAUAUUUAAUUGUAAUGAUGAUAAUAAUAAUAUAAAACUUACAGAAUGAGAUACAAACAGGGGCUUUUUUUAAAAAAAUCAAUAGAAAGAUAAAAAGUGCUAUUACUUUAACCCCUUAAGGACACAUGACAUGUGUGACAUGUCAUGAUUCCCUUUUAUUCCAGAAGUUUGGUCCUUAAGGGGUUAACAGAAUAGGUACUCAACUAAAUAAAAAAAAAAGCAUGUGUGAAACACUAAUUUUAAGAGCAAAGGAGGGGAAUGUGUUGUAUUCCAGGAAUAGUGUACAUUUGCUUCACUAUGUAUUGUUUAGCUUGAAAAAACAUUUGAUUUUCUUUUUGCUAAAACUCCCAGUGGACCAAAUGAUUAAUGUGGAUGAAGUGAAGGAAGAGAUAUGUGGGACGAGAAAAAAUACAGUGUUUUCUAAAUAGCAAACUGCGGAGAAUUGAAAACCAAAUUAUAUUUUUUUAUACCAAUGUAGCGGAUUGGACAUAAAAAAAAAUAUUCUUUUGCGUUGCUAUUUCAUUCUGUGAAAUAUUGUCCAAAUUUUCAUUUUAUUUUAUUAAAAUUCACUGUUUAGUAAGUAACCCCCAAAAGAUUUCUUUCUCUGGUAGAUGGAGACAUGUCAUUAUGCAGGCGUGAAAAAAACAAACCCUACAGUGAAUGCACUGCAUUAGGAACAACAAAAUCCUACAAUGAAUGCAAAGAUGCACAAAAUGUAUCAAACACAUUUUUUAACAUUUUUUUCCCUUUAAAUCAAACCACUGCUAUUGUAGCGUAACAUUAUGUCUUAUAUCAGUAUCACUACACAAAACCGAAUCAUUUAAAGUAUAUAAAUUAGUAUUUUUUUUUUUUAAAAGCCACAUAAAGUUCUGCAUUGCUGCAUAUUAUGAAUGGGUUGCAAAGAUUUUUAUCUACACAAAUCAAAAGGUAACGAGAGCCUCAUUUGGGAGACAUUUUUUUAUUUAAAAAAGAAACACCUAAAUUGAGAUAAUUUUUUGUUAAUGCAUUUUUUUCCAAAUUGUGGAGGAGCUGAGUUUAGUAUGAAUUCAGUUCUCAGUUUAGUGACGUGCGAUACUCUCAUAGCAAUUAAGUUACUUUGUAGUUUAUCAAUAGGCAAGAAUUCCACUGGACUCCAUAGCACAAAGAAAAGCGGUAAAUCAGGACUAAAUUCUAUCAGAUAUAUAUAAUUUUCAUUUAUGAAAGCUAAAAAAGAGAGUUCCGGGCUGGCUAAUCUGAUUUCUCUGCAUAUUACUUGCACAGAGGGUCUUUCAUUGGCUCAGAUGAUGCUCUCAACUAAUGAAUGACAACCAUAAUCAGAAUAUGGCUUCUGCGUCACCUGACAUUGGAAGAGACUUGACACGGGUAGAAUCUAGGUAAUGGGGCAAACUUUUGCAAAAUGGUUUGCCCUAUUAGCUGGGAAUUAUGAUAACCACUACAGCGGGCUUUAAUGGUUUUCGUGCCACCUAGAUGGUUGAUGUAUCUGAUAGCCAACAUGUUGUUCAUCUUCAGAAGAAUUGUGUAUGGAGAGUGAGUCAGAGACCAACUGUGGACCACGACAGCUCCAGCCAGAACUUACAGAUAAUUGAUGUGAAGGGUUGAUUCUACGUCCGACCACCUGCCUCCUGUGAAACUAUCACCAAGCAUGCACCCCAGCCCUACAAGCUCACGUCUUUAAUGGUUAAUAUGCUUGGAGCAACCUUCUUGAGGCAAAACAACUGUGAUGGCUGAUUACUUGAUUUGCAGAAUUUAUCCUCUUCAGCCAUUUUCACCUUAAAUGUCAAAUUCUCCAAAUUCACUUGCUAGUGAAUAACCUUGAUUGAGAUUUUCUGAGUGUGCUCACAUACAGUGUAAUACAUUUAGCAAGAUGUAAUGAACUGUAGACUUUAACAAUUUCUGCAAGAGCUUUCUCAUUGAAGAUACAAGGUGUGUGUUUCCAUGGAAUACAUAUCGGUGGCAUAUUUAAUGUUUUAGUAAGAAGCAACUUUUGUUGCUUCAUUUCCAAACAUUAAAGGAACACUGUAGUCACCUAAACAACUUUAGGUUAAUGAAGCAGUUUUAGUAUAUAGAUCAUGCCUCUCCGGUUUUACUGCUCAAUUCACUGCCAUUUAGGAGUUAAAUCACUUUGUUUCUGUUUAUGCAGCCAUUGCCACACCUCCCUUGGCUAUGAUUGAUACAGCCUGCAUGAAAAAAACUGGUUUCACUUUCAAUCAGAUGUAAUUUACCAUAAACUAUUUUAUCUCUUGCUCUGUAAAUCGAACUUUAAUCACAUAUAGGAGGCUCUUGCAGGGUUUAGCAAGCUAUUAACAUAGCAGGGGAUAAGAAAGGCUAAAUUUAACAGAACUUGCAAUAAAGAAAGUAUAAACUUUAGAUGACUCUUUACAGGAAGUGUUUAUGGAAGGUUGUGCAAGUCACGUGCAGGGAGGUGUGACUAGGGUUCAUAAACAAAGGGAUUUAACUCCUAAAUUAACUCCUAAAUGAGUAUUGAGCAGUGAGGCUGCAGGGGCAUGUUCUAUACACCAAAACUGCUUCAUUAAGCUAAAGUUGUUCAAGUGACUAUAGUGUCCCUUUAAUAACUCUGAAAGAAAAUAGCUGACUGUAAAACAGCUGAAUUGGAGAUUAUUAUUUUUUUUUUAAUCCAGUUAAUUUUGACUACAUUUUGAAAUUCACUUUACAGGGACAUUCAUUGAACUAAUAAUUGUAUCUAUACAAUAAUGGACUUGGCACAUUAGGAAAAGUGCAAGGACACUCACCAAUUCUGAUAGAUCUGCGUCAUCUCUGCCAAGGUCCCAGGGUAUUCAUUCCAGUUUUCACGCAUUCAAGUUAGCGACCUACCUCUAAUAUUGAUGCAUCUGUGCCAAUUUGGGCACAAUCACAGAAAUUUAGAUGCAGAGUUACUUAUAUUAAGCCGUGGUUGCAUAAUUCUGGCUCCAACUGAUGCAAAGCCUAUGAAUACUCCUGCAUUCUUUGUACUAGUGUCCUUUUGUGGUUUCUCAUAGCCCUUAAGCGAGUCUUACCACUGUUCCUUGUUUACUCUUCCUGAUCUGGCUACUUUUUUGACCCCAACCUUGUUUAUUCCUAGUUAUUAUGUAAUUGGCCCUUUACUGACCAUGAGUUUGUCCUUGUUCUGACUCCAGUUCCAGAUGGUGGUCCAUCCCUGACUCUGAGAUUAGCCUGAUCAUUUUUGGUAUCUAGGUUUGUGUUCUUCUCCUGGUCUGGAUUUUAUUAAAUUAGUUCUAUUACGUCUAUCUCUAUCCAGAGCAAUACGUCUGGCCAUCCUUACGUCCGGUAAUAUGCUUUUCCGCUGUGUGUUUUGAUAGAUUGCUAAUUUAUAUCUUGGUCUGGAUCCUCCCAUAUCCUGACCAAAAGGUUCAAGCAAGGUUCCAUAAAUAAUAGUGAACCACGUUUCAGCUUGACAAAAAUUAUUUUGUGAGCCAAAACGUCAUUCACAAUUCAGUAAACCUGCCUUGGAUAUUUACUAAGGUGCCCAGUCAUUUAUUGUAUCGAUAUUUGGUGUAAUGUCUGCUCCGUGCUGGAGGCACUUGGGUGUUUCUCUCUUUGUGUGUGCCUUCUCAUAUAUAUUUUUUUAAACUCCAAAUUCUAUUAGCAAAUUGAAAUCUGAAUAGGCAGCAGCUGGUUUGAAUAAUUGUCCAACCGAUACAAUUAUAACUUGGCUAUUUUAACCUUAAUUUUGUCAUUUGAAUUUUAAUGUGCAACAAAUCAGAGUUUAGUGAAUACAUAUUUUGCUAAAUAAGCUUGUUUAAAAAAUUAAUACAGACAUUCACUGUUUUUACUGUAGGCAUCAAAAACCUUUAGCUUAAUGGAGCAGUUUGGAUGUAUAGACAUGUCCCUGCAUUCUCACUAAUUAUUUCCAUUUAAGAGCUAUAUCACUUUUGUGAAAAAUUCAGAAGGCUAUUAACAGGUCAGGAGAUAAUACAUUAAACAGAAUGUGAAAUAAAGGAAGUUUAAACAUUAGAUGUCUCUUUACAGGAAGUAUUUGCAAGUCACAUGCAUAGCGGCUGUAUAAACAAAGUGAUUUAUCUCUUAUGCCAGUGAAUUGAGCAGUGAGACUGCAGGGGCAUGAUCUAUACACCAAAACUGCCUUAUUAAGCUAUAGUUGUUUGGGUGCCUAUAGUUUCCCUUUACAAUUUAAGGCCAAACUAGCUAAUCUAAUAAAAAGGCCAUGCUUUCAGAUCAGCUACUUUGGCCUGAAAUUUUAAAUUAUGUUUGCAUUCACUUUGAACUCUCACUUUAGUAACUGGAAAAGCAACGUAGUAAUAUGAUUGGCUGUUAACGAUAGAGAACCCAUUUUGUGUAGGCUCUUGUCUGUGUGUGGAAAAAGAAAUAAUCUACAAUACAAUAAUAACAGAAAAAACAUAGCGCAAUACUGUUUUAAUAAAAAGGAGUGGAAAUACAAAUAGCUAUUCACACUCACAAACCAAAAUUGAUUGUAGGCAUAUCGUAAAGACGGUGGAAACCUCAAAAUUGGUGAGAUGUCAUGGUAUAUAUAGAAGGAAACAAAAAUGCAUAAUAGUGCAGAGUAUCUUGAUAAAAUAAACACUUUAAUUAUAAGGCACACUUACAAGAUUGAAGUGGCAAGCAGGCAUAUAAAAUGAACCAGUCUCAGGAUCACAGGAUCAAUCACAUGAUCAAUGGAACCGGAACAUAACACAGCAAACAAUAAAAAACAAUAAAACAAACUCUAAAACACUAUACAACAUCCCUACGCGUUUCAUUCAAACGUCCUUGAACUUCCUCAGGGGCACAAGGUGAAAGUCCUUCUAUGUGCAGGCAUGAUCGUCCAUAAGGCUAUGAUGUGCUUUAAAUCCGUCCGGUUUUGGCGCGCCGAAGGUUGUCCUCCAGUUAGCAACUCACUUCCGGGUUCGUCUAUGCGUAGUACUUCCGUGUGCGUCCGUAUGACGCAACCGGAAGUGCGGCUCAAGCAUCUCUUCCAGAUCGGAUCCGAAUACACAUCCUUGCGUUCCACCUAAUAUGCGUUCCACCGCUCGUUGACAAAGCGGAAAGCAUCCACAAACAUAAAACAUGUGUAAAAAACAUAUAUAUACACAGCAUCAAUUAUACUUACAACAGUAAUCUUAAAAAUAAAAUAAAAUAUUACCCACAAGAAAUUAUUCAAAUUGAUUCUAUAUAUUAAUUGUCUGUGUGUAUCUAUAUAUAUUUUUACAUUCACUUUUAAAAAAAAUUGUAUAUCAGUAUUUAUUUUGUUUGCAUUGACGCCUCAUUUUAUUAGCCAAUUUUGAGGAUAUGUGGGCAUUGGUUGGCUAUUUCACACUAUACUUAGGACAUAGGGCUGGCUUUCUCUGGGCACUUGAGUGAGUGGGAGUCAGAAAAGCAUGGAAUACUGUGGGUACUUUAUUACUCUUUAUCUGUUUCAAUCUUAUUGUCUAAGAGAGAUGGAGGCUGUCAGCCGUGUACCAUGUGUUCUGCAACACGCAACCUUGUAUUUAUUGAAACUGCAAACAAAGCACCACGAAGCAGGGAAGAUAAUCAGAAAGAUGAAUAGAGAGAGGGCAGCAAUUUGUGGCAAUUCUACGUAGGAAUGCUUUUAUUUUGUUUAUAUCAUCUUCACACAUUCCAUUUCAAUAUUAGAUGCUCUUUUGCCUGAAAAUGUUUUUCACAAACUCACUAUUUUUAUAUAAUUGAAUUGUUUAGAAGCACGUUGAUUGCAUUUAUGAAAAAUAGUUUAUAAAUGGCCAAUAUUGGAGUAUAUAUAAGUGGUCUACUUAGUACAGGGUAUUCCUUACUUUCCAAGUUGUUGUGGACUCUGGAUUCUUUUUUAUAGAAAUUAUUGAUAUGAAAUGGUAAAUAGGGCUCGACGGACUAGUAAUGACUUUUUUAAUUCAUUGUAUACGUCAUGGCUCAAAAUUGCAACUUGCCACUAACCAUUGGCGAGUGAACAUGUAGCCCUGGCAAGUAGGAAUUCAUCCCUGGUGAGUGUUCCAUGUACCCUCCAGUCUCCAUGUACCCUCCAAAUUCCAUGUACCCUCCAGACUUCAUGUAUACUCCAGAUUCCAUGUAACCUCCAGACUCCAUGUGCCCUCCAGAUUCCAUGUACACUCCAGACUCCAUGUAUCCUCCAGACUCCAUGGUAUCCUCCAGAUUCUAUGUACCCACCAGACUCCAUGUAUCCUCCAGACUCCAUGUAUCCUCCAGAUUCUAUGUAGCCACCAGAUUCCAUUUAUACUCCAGACUCCAUGUAUCCUCCAGACUCAAUGUGCCCUUCAGACUCCAUGUAUCCUCCAGAUUCUACGUACCCACCAGAUUCCAUGUACCCUCCAGAUUCCAUGUAACCUCCAGACUCCAUAUGCCCUCCAGACUCCAUGUAUCCUCCAGAUUCCAUGGUAUCCUCCAGAUUCUAUGUACCCACCAGACUCCAUGUAUCCUCCAGACUCCAUGUAUCCUCCAGAUUCUAUGUAGCCACCAGAUUCCAUUUAUACUCCAGACUCCAUGUAUCCUCCAGACUCCAUGUGCCCUCCAGACUCCAUGUACCAUCCAGAUUCCAUGUAUCCUCCAGAUUCCAUGUACCAUCCAGACUCCAUGUAUCCUCCAGACUUCAUGUAUCCUCCAGACUCCAGGUAUCCUCCAGAUUCUAUGUACCCACCAGACUCCAUGUAUCCUCCAGAUUCUAUGUACCCACUAGAUUCCAUGUACCAUCCAGACUCCAUGUAUCCUCCAGAUUCUAUGUACCCACCAGAUUCCAUGUACCCUCCAGAUUCCAUGUAUUCUCCAGAUUCCAUGUACCCUCCAAAUUCCAUGUACCCUCCAGACUCCAUGUGCCCUCCAGACUCCAUGUGCCCUUCAGACUCCAUGUAUCCUCCAGAUUCUACGUACCCACCAGAUUCCAUGUAACCUCCAGACUCCAUGUGCCCUCCAGACUCCAUAUACCAUCCAGAUUCCAUGUACCAUCCAGACUCCAUGUACCCACCAGACUCCAUGUACCCACCCGACUCCAUGAAUCCUCCAGACUCCAGGUAUCCUCCAGAUUCUAUGUACCCACUAGAUUCCAUGUACCCACCAGACUCCAUGUGCCCUCCAGACUCCAUGUACCCUCCAGACUACAUGUAACCUCCAGACUACAUGUAACCUCCAGACUCCAUGCCCUCCAGACUCCAUGUACCCUCCAGAUCCCAAGUAACCUCCAGACUCCAUGUGCCCUCCAGACUCCAUGUACCAUCCAGAUUCCAUGUAUCCUCCAGAUUCCAUGUACCAUCCAGACUCCAUGUAUCCUCCAGACUUCAUGUACCCUCCAGACUCCAGGUAUCCUCCAGAUUCUAUGUACCCACCAGACUCCAUGUACCCACCAGACUCCAUGUAUCCUCCAGAUUCUAUGUACCCACUAGAUUCCAUGUACCCACCAGAUUCCAUGUACCCACCAGACUCCAUGUAUCCUCCAGACUCCAUGUAUCCUCCAGAUUCCAUGUAUCCUCAUGAUUCCAUGUAACCUCCGGCUCCAUGUAUCCCCCAGUAACUUAUAAAGUCUGGCUAGCAAUAUAGGAAUCAGAAUGGUAAGCCCUUGUAUAGAUAAUGCCUAAACAAACAUGCAAGCCAACUGAUAUAAAGUAAUAAAAAAAUAAAAACGGUGCUCAUUUUUAAAAUGAAUUAGUUUAGUGCAAAUAUACACAAAUUAAUCAUCAGUCUUGAGCUCUGAUCUCAUCAGCAAGUAGCUUGGCCUCUUAUUCAAGUCUGUAAAAUCUGAACUCUUGGGCAUGUCGAACCCAGCAUUGCAAAAGUUAAUGUGCAGUUCUGCGCAGCAGCGCACAGCAUGGGUUUCUGGGACAUGUAGUUCAGGUGUCAUCUGCUUUCAAAACUACCACUCUCAGGGAGCUGUUGCUAUGUAUAGCUCCCUCGUAAUGCAUAUCAUCCUUGCUGAUGAUAUGCAUUAUGAGGGAGCUAUACAUACCAACAAAAAGAAAGUUUGGUAUUUUUUGUUUUGUUUGUGUUUUUUUUCUUUCACAAAAUGUACAAGCAUCAGCAUGCAAAAAUUAUUAUUAGGCCCAGUGGUGUAAAUUGCACAAAAAUGGUGUUUGUGGAUGGAGUGUUGUUUAAGUAUAUAGGAGGCAUUCGUGUAUUUUUUUACAUUGAUAGUUUCUGUCUUUCUUUUGUUGGAAUCAGCACAUUAUGGAGCUUUACUUUAUGUUAGAAACACAAGAGAUGAAGUCACUAAUUAGUCUGAUGUUCCUGGGAGCAUUUUAAUGGUUGGAGCCAAAAACAGCAAAUGAAACAAAAUGACGAAGCAACAAUAGACUAUGUCACCUUUGUGAGAAGCAGAUGACAAAUAUGUCAUGUCAAUAUGUAGAUAUCAGUGGGACAUAUAGCAGACGUUCUUUGGAGCCGCUCCAGAAUGAAGGUGGGUGACCAGGAUUGAGGGUAGGACGUAGCUAAAAUUGGCAGGAAAUAGUGAAUGACAUCUAGGUUGGGGACAAACAACACUUUCCUGCCAAAAGUUUAAUUUAACCUUUUAAAGACCAAAGACAGCUUAUGUCACUAUUAAUUUGGUCUUUGAACAUGCUAUUUCAAAAUGUAAUGUCACACUCAGUUAAAGACAACAAUUCUGUAUAGAGCUGUCGUUAAUUCUAAACAGGAAGGACAUUGGAAUGGAGAACGUUACUACCAGCCUCUUUAACAAAUUCAGAGGGUUUCAUAGGUUAUUGGUUGGAGUGAGCAUAUUGUAAGGCAACCCAGCUAUGGAGAAUAUAAUCUACAGUCACGAUUCAUAUUAUAUUUACUUACCCAAAGCUAAAUUAAAGGAGCACUAUAAUGUCAGGACUACAAAUGUGUUUUCCUGUCACUAUUGUGUUUAAAACCCAUUUUAGGUGGACACCCUUAAAAAGGGUGAAAAGUCACCUUUAUUCCAGCGCCAUGCGGGUCUGCCUCCGCACCACCAUCUUGGCUGAGAUCAUCAGAAUUUACAAUCCCAGCCAAUGCAAUGCUUUCCCAUAAGACGGUGACAUUGCCGCUGGUGGAGAGGGGGGCAGGGAAAACUGAGUUCUACUUGACUGAACCUGUCCCACACAAGUGCCGCUGUCUUCUUCUGGCAAUUCUAGGUGCCAGUAGCUAACGUCACUGAUACAGCAUUGAGGUGUACAGAGGAUCCCAUAGACCCGUGACACUGAGUGACACUGGUGACGGCUGUCAGGAUUGACACUGUAACUCCACUCAGUGUUUAAGAAAGUCAGACAAAGAAAAAAUACAUGACAAAGUAGUCCCUACUUUGUCUAAUGUUUUUAGUUAGAAAUAGAUUUCAAAUGAAAAAAAAGACAGAGUAGGAAAGAGGAGAAAAAGAGUAAGUGAUUGUAAAAAGGUAAUUAUGACGUGACAGUGCCACUUUAACAUUAGUCACAGGCUAUUUUCAAUGCCCCGUUCAAUGGUAUAAUUUCCAGAGAUUUUACAGUUUCAAUUGAAGGUCUCAGCAACAAAGCAUACAUUUUGUAUUUCUAUUUACUAGCUUACAUACCACUCCAGUGUAGUUAGAGGUACAACACAUUAGGUUAUCCCUCCUUUUGACACAAUGUAACAGGGAAAGGACGGGAUGUUGAGAAGGUAAUGUUGACAAUAAGCUCUCCGCCUGAAAACCAGCAGAAUACUUAGUGUGAUUUUCAAGCAAUUUGGAAGCUUUUCUGGGAAUAUUAUUUUCUACAAAUUGAAGAGGAUCAAUUAGCUUUCAUAUGUAACAGUAUCCCAUGGAGUAAGUAUGGGUUCGACUUUAAUCUUUACCUGUGCGAUUGUGUUGCAUUUGAAUCAAAUUAUUCCGUAGGCUGUGAAAGCAGGCCUCACUCUGUGCAAAGCAUCAACAUAGGGAGAAUUGUUAAAUGUUUAAUGGCUUCCCGGCUUCUGUCGGAGCAGCUGUAAAUAUCACAAUCGUAUAAAAUCAUAUGGCAUUUCACCUUCUUUGUUGCGUGUUGGGUUGAGAAACACUCAGCGUGGCUGGUAAGGAGGUUAAACACUGUUGGUGUAAAAUGAAAAGAAUGACAAAUUUUGGGGUUUAUUCACUUAAUGUUCAGAACUGAAAUUGGAAAUUGGAGUUUUAGGCCCAAAUUGCAGAGCUUAAAAAAAGAGGUUUGGUUUUCCAAAUAAACGAUACAAUAUUUUGUCAGUUCUUUAUUUUGGUAAUAAUACCUAGUAUUUAUAUAGGGACUUUCUCUUUCACACAGUGAGACUCAAAGCCCUUUUCAGCGCAUGCUCUCGGAAUUAACCGAAUCGGCAGCUGAAUAAUUAUUGUUGUUACUCAAUUGAUGGUACUCAUUUAUUGAUCUUGGAAGGGUGAAGGGCUGAGUGCUCCAUAGUGGCAAAGUAAACACCAAAUUUUAACAUUUAUGAAGAAACAUUUACAGACUUAUUCACUAAAGUGUGAUUGUAAAGUCUUACGUUUUAAGUUCACUUGGAAUUCAUUUUUAAUUCUCACCUUAGUAAAUGAGCCGGUUAGUUUUGAAAGAUGCCCUAGCUCAGCUAUAGUCACAGUAUACCUAUUUGGCCUAAAUUUACAUUUUGAGUGUAUAUUUUGGGUUGUGGUCCUGUCCCAUGGUCCCGCUUCAGUCUCCUGGUGACCUGCAUCUGGGGGAACAAGUGAACUGUCCCCGGGCAGCACAGUGCAAGCACGUGAUUAGAUGCACUUUUGCUGUGCAGCAGGCUCGAGGACCAUACAGGGAGUACUUCAGCAUGAUCCUGAUAGCUGUCCCUUGUGGCCCCACCCAUCCAUCCCAAUUCACCCCGAUGGAAUGUUGGGAGGUAGGCAUAAUUAGUGAAUGUUUCAGCAUUCUGUUUGUAUGUAUAUGUAUGUAAAUAUAUAUUUUUCUAAAUAAGAUGUUUUACACAAAUGGCCAUCAUUAGGUCAUAAUGUAACCUAAAAUGGUACCACAACAGGAACACUCAUAAAUACAUGGUGUUCCGGACCAUUUUUUCAAUACCAAAAAAAAAAAAAAGAGUACUUAUGUUUUUAAAUAGUUUUGAAUAAUGUGAAAGCUCACUCAAGUGAUUUCUUGCACAUACAUUAUGGUAAGGGCACUGUGCUCCAUCAAUUAAUGAUUCUUAUUCCACUGCCCAGCGAAGUGGACGUGGUAAUGUUUUGACACAUGUAGAGGUUUCGUGAAGAUAAUGUGGGAUAAAUUGUAUCAAAGGGACACUAUAGUCAACAAAGUGACUAGCUUCAUGAAGCAGUUUUGGUGAAGUUUCACCGCUUCAUUUUCUACCGUUUAAGAGUUAAAUCACUUUGUUCACAUAGCCCCAGGCAUAGCUCCCUGCAUGUGACUUACACAGUCUUCUUAAACACUUCCUGUAAAGUGAGAACUAAUGUUUAAACUUCCUUUAUUGCACAGUGUGUUUAAUUUAGAAUGUAUUAUCUCCUUCAAUAAUAGCCUACAAGACCUUGCAGGAGCCUCCUGUGUGCGACUAAAGUUAAAUUUACAGAGCGGGACAUUAAAACUUCUAAAGUAAGUUAACAUCUGAUCAAAAAAUAAACCCUUUUGUGUGUGUGAGUCACAACCAGGGGAGGAGUGGCCAGGGCAUGGACAGAAAAAAGUGAUUUAACUCCUAAAUGGCAGAGAACUGAGCAGUAGGGGCAUGAUCUAUACACCAAAACUGCUUUAUUAAGCUAAAGUUCUUUUGGUGACUAUAGUGUCAGACCAAUGGUAACUGAAUAUCAGUUUCCAUGUAGAUGUCAAUGGGAGAACUGCUACUCAAUUAUCAGAGUUAAAGGAACUCUAUAGCGUUAGGAAUACAAAUCUGUUUUCCUAACGCUGUAGUGUCACAGACCCUACUUGUUGGCAAGUUCACUCGACCAGUGCAAAAAAAAAAAAAUGAAUACAGAUUUACACCGAGGCUCUGUUGGCGCUGUUCACGUCUCCUUCUCAGGUGAUGUCACAGAGUAGGCAGGGUCUUCUCCAGCAUGGUCCAAUCCCAUGUUCCCCAUAGGGGAGUAUUGUAACCUAAUACAUAUGUGCCGCAGACACCACAUGCGCAUUCACACUUUCCCAUAGGAAUGCAUUGAAUCAAUGCUUUGCUAUGGAGCUUAUGUGUCACAUUACCUAGUUUUACUCAGUCAGUGCAGUGGAAGUGCCUCUAGUGGCUGUCAUACUUAAAGCCAGUAGAGGUGGACUUUACUCUACAAUGUAAACAUUCUCAAUAUAGUCUUAGAUCACACAGAGAAUAGCACAACAAAAACUAAAGAUUCACUCUCCCAACAGAGAACCUUACUUUCAAAUAUACUACACAUGCACCAAUUGACAAACUAUUGGCGGCUACUUCACCCCUAGGAAAGGGACUUCACUUUUUAUUCACAUGUUGCACGCAGUUACUCUAGGCUAGAUAUGUUCUUCAUGGAACAUGAUAGGAACUAUCAUGUGGUCUGACCAUGCCCCGGUUUUCUUAAGCAUAUCAAUUCAGGGGGAGAUCUUACGGAGUACGGGCUGGAGGCUAAAUGAGUCCUUGUUGGAUGGCCUACGAGUUGUGGAGGAUGUCCAUGAACGCAAAAGGUGAGAGCAGUGACCCCUGGGUAUGGGAAGCGCAUAAAGGUGUAAUAAGGGGCAUUCUCAUCAAAUAGGGGAGGGGGGAAUUAAGAAAGAGUGCAUGGCAAAAAUACAUACCCUGACAGAUGCUAUAAAAGUUGAGGAAGCUGCUCAUAAACUUGACCCUACUAGUGAGUCUCUCAGACGACUGACAGCCUUGAGAGUAGAGCUCUGCAACACUCUAACACUACGAGCUUAUAGAGCAUUACAGCUGACUAGAGGUACUUUCUAUGCACAUGGGAACAAGAGUGGAAAACUCUUGGCCAGAGCCUUUAAAGCCAAACAACAGAAAGCUUUCAUCUCGAAGAUACAGGGGAAUGAUGGGACACCGCACAUGACCACAGACACUAUAGCUACCACAUUCAAAACUAUUACCAAAGCCUAUAUAACCUCGGCCCACCCCAGGGCCACCCUGCUGACGUAACUGAAUACAUUGCAUCCAACCUGCACUGUACAAUAUCCAGUCACUUAAAAGAGCAGUUGGAAGCACCCUUCCCAGAUACAGAACCGGCAUUAGUAAUCAAAACUCCCCCAAAAUGGAAAAGCCCGGGUCCAGAUGGCCUUACAGCGUGCUACUUUAAGUUAUUCGAAUCCUCCCUUAGCCCUCACUUCCUAAAAGCAGUAAAUGCUAUGGCUCCUGGAGCACAACUUCCCCCUCCGAUGCUACGUGCAGCUAUAACUGUGAUUCCUAAACCAGGGAAGGACCCAACACUCUGCAGUAGCUACAGACCCAUUUCCUUAAUAAUCUGGAUCUGAAAAUGUUCGCAAAGCUUAUUGCUAACUGACUCAAGCCUCUUCUACCUGGACUGGUCCACCCUGAUCAGGCGGGGUUUGUCCUGGGCCGAGAGGCCAGGCACAAAACCACCAAAGUCUUGAAUGUGCUCCAUGGAGUGACUGUAACCAAAACACCCAUGCUAUAACUCUCAAUCAACGCUGAGAAUGCAUUCGACAGGGUGGCCAUGCCAGAGAAACUGAAGGCUCACAUACAGACCACACUCACAUAUAAGUGGAAUGAGACCGGACUCCCCUACUUGGGUAUACGACUCACCCGAACAUUCAAUGACCUAGUUAAACUGACCUACCUCCCUCUCCUUGGAAACAUACGUAGAGAUCUGACAAAAUGGAAAAUUAAGCAUUUCUCCAUGAUAGGUAGGACUGACAUAAUUAAAAUGAUGAUAUCAGGCUGACUACUCUACCUGUUUCAAGCUUUACCGAUCUCAUUAGCACACAGCUUUUUCAAGUCCCUCAGGUAGAUUUUUACUUCCUAUAUAUGGCAAUCCAAACUGGUACAGUUGGCAUACACCACACUGAUGAAUGACAGGAGCAGAGGGGGCCUGGGACUACCCCAUAUGUAUAGGUAUUAUAUAGCAGCCCUCCUUACGAGAGUCCUGGAGUGGACGACAUACGACAAGAAAAAAAUCAUGGUAUGAGUUAGAGCAGAGUUUUGCUAAAGUACCUCUACACACACUCUACUUGCAAACAUACCAUUUAAACAGGAUCUCCCAUGUUCCCCACCUGCUCAUACACCAUAUCCUGGCGAAGUUGAGACACCAUAAAACCAAGUGGAAAUUGGCCCUGGCCUGUCCCCACUCUUUACAAUGGCAUUAAACCCGGACUUUAACAAUAGACAAGGUGCCAUUCUAGCGUUCCUGACGGCAGAUAGCAACCUGACCAUUGACAAGGUACUAACCAAUGACACCCCUGCGGAAAUCAUGGACCUUAGGAGGUCAGACAGACAAGAAACACUAUUGGAAGUCAUGAGACUCUCCCAAUUUAAGAACUUUUUACAUAAGGGGGUAAUACCCCUAAGCUAGAUUAGUGACCAAACUCCUUUUGAGACUCUCUAUGGGCCUGGUGGGUCCCUCUCCCUCUGGUGGGUCCCACUAUCCAAAAUGUAUAAACUACUGCAAGCAGACUCUGCCAAACACAAUGAUAUGACAUUCCAGAUGAAAUGGAUGCAAGGCCUCCGUAUACAUUUGACGGUUGGAGUAUGGGCGAUGACUCUUUCCACUAGCUUAUCCAGGAGAGAGUAAUUUUACAAAUGGGCAAUUAGGUGGUAUAGAACCCCCAUGCAAAUACACAGGUUCUGGCUUGCGCUUAGCGACCGGUGUUGGAGAUGUGGGGAGGAACGGGGCCAUGGAACAUAUAUGGUGGUUUUGCAGACUGAUUAGACCUUACCUGGGACAAAUAAUACUGACCAUAGAAGACAUACAGUGGUACCUCAGAUUACAAACAUCUCGGUUAACAUAAUUUUCGGUUUUCAAAUGAAAAUCCAUUGAAAAUAAUUCCUCGGUUUACAAUUUUUUUCCGCGAUACGAAGCAAGUUUCCCCAGGAUGCAUUGGGCCUGAGAUGCUCAUAGCACCGCCCCGUGCAUGCUGGAGUCUGUGGAUAGCACGUGGUGUUAAGUGUGCAGGUGUUGGAGUUUUUGCAUCAAGUUUUGGAGCCAUUCUGGAAAUUUAUUGUAGUGGUUUUGGGACUUUUUGGAACUUUUUUGGUGCAUUUCUCAAGUGGUGGAAGGGUAGGGAGCUGAGCUUUGUCAUUUGCAUGCCUUUUACUGUGUGUUCUGCAUUGUGGGCUGGUUUCCAUGACAGCUCAUUUUCCGCAAUACGAAACGUCCUGGAGAACGCAUUAAAUUCGUAAACUGAGGUACCACUUCCUCUGACAAAUAAACUGACACAAUCCCAGGUUUUAUUAGGCUGGCCGAACUCACUCCCGAACUGCCACACUCAAAAACUGUUGGGCCUCUGCUGAAAGAAGCCAAUGCAUUAAUCCCGGUAUUCUGGCGGCAGACCCAAAUUCCCACCAAGGAACAAUGGCUAAACAGGGUAGAGAGUAUGAGGGAAUUAGAGGAUCUACAUUGGUCAGUAGAUGUUAAAGGUGUGGCAUACCUCCGAACAUGGGAGCCCUGGUUAGAACAUUGGAAAUAAAGGAAUUGUCGAGCAGCACUACAAUAGCGAAAUAACUGUUUACUCACAUAGGACAUGAGAUAUAGGACAUUCUCCCCUCCUCCCCCCACCACACUCUAUUUCACCUACCCCAUCCGCUAUACCAAGCCACGGCAUUGCAGAAGUAACAUGAGAUUGAGUAGGAUUACUGACUCACCAAUAGAAUAUUACAUAUAGAGCAGGAGGUAAAGUUGGGCUGACUCCGUGGAGCAGGUCUAUGGGAAAGGAGAUAACAUGAUAUGCAAACUCACACACUUAGAACCUACAUAGCUCCCCAUAUCGGACAGCUGGCUAAUACACCAUCAUAAAGGAUCCAGAGGGCAGUUGGACAGACACCGGCAAAGCAAACUAGGGAGUCUGGAAAUAGAGUUGACACCCUAGACCCACUACUCACUGCCUGAUCAUAUUCCCUGAUUGUAACCAAAAUUUUAAUCAAAUUGUGUAUAAUAUGCUCUGUAUAAUGGCUUGACAUCACCUUAUAUAUGUAUAAUGUCUUCCCUUUUUUUUCUUUCUGUACCCCUGAUUUCUUAUUGAUUUGAAAAAUAACUAAACAUUAAAAUAAAAAUUUUAAAAAACUAUUCUUGCAGGUUUAACCCCUUAAGGACACAUGCCAUCUUAGGAACAAAGGGGAGUACCCGGUAAUAAUUACUCUUCAAAUUAGGAGACCCCUUAGUACCCCUUGGUUUCAUGAUUCAUUUUCUAAACAUUAAAUUGGUUAGGGAAUCGGUGUAUUAAACAAUGCUCAGUUUUCAUUCCUCCAGGAGUUAAAUGUGAAACACGCACUUUGAAUGGUAGAAUUAUCCCAAUAGAUUAUGGAACGGAAUGCUUGCAGAAUAAUUAUAUGAGAGAUAUCUUGAGAUGAGCCAUCUCAUAGCAUCUUCGCAGCAUGCUGCUGUCACUCCCAUAGAGUGGGCAGUAUUCUAAAGGGAUAUGCUGAUGAAAUGUGGGGGUGGGAGGUGGACUGCAUACUGACACAGACUGGGAAACACAGAUAGAUACAAGGUAGCCCGUCUCCUGGUAUUAACCUCAUAAAAGCUAGGGAGAGCAAACAACAAAAAAUGUGUCGAACCCCCCUUUAAACAAGAAAAAUAGCGAUAACAUUAUAUAUAUAUAUAUAUAUAUAUAUAUAUGUGUAUAAAAAAAAAAAAACUUCAAUCAACAUUAAAGACAGUGUAAUUAAAGGGCUGGCAGAUGUUUGUAUAAACCCAGGGCUGGUGGCUCGGUGCCCCAUACAAUCUCUUUUACUGGUUUCUUACUGCAGGAUCGCUGGCCUUCCAACUGACACACGUACAAACCAUACAAACACACACAUAGAAACUAAAACAUAGAUACACACAUACAUGGGCACACACCUACAAACACAAAUAUAUACAUACAGAUGUACAUACUGACUUACGCUUACGCAUAUCUACAAAUAUACUGACACACUCUCACAGAUGGAUGCUCAAAGGAUGUCAAAAUACAGACAGAGAAACUAAUGCACGGCAUAUACACUUAUUCACUUAUUUGUGCUCACCAGGCAGAGAAACUUCCCAUCGUUUUUAAGACUAUAAUGUGCAUAUUGGGUGAUGAGGUGGUCUAGGAGCAGUGUGUGGAUCCAUGUUGUUAAGCCCAGACUCUCAGCCUGUUGUUGCUUUUUAGAUUGGAUGAAAUUGACAUUAGUAAUGUGGAGGGUAGAAAUCUCUGGGUGCCAGACAGAGCCCUAAUUUUUGGAGAAGGCCCCACAUAGACUCUCAACAACAUAACCACUAUACUGAUCUCUGGUGGUUAUGCUGCUCAGACUGCCCUUAAACCAAAAGAAGGUUGGAUUUAUUGGUAUUCAAAUACAAUCAGUUCAGUGCCGUCAAUGCCCAUCUGUUGGGUGCAGAUGCAAAUAAUGGCUUCAGGUGGAGUUAAAAGUUCGACCAACUUUUUUGAUUGUGUAAAGAUUGGGAGACGACCAUUGUGGGUCCUCACAGUGAUUGUGUUCUGAGCAACUUUCUUUGUAAAAAUACAGCUCUAGACAUUAUAUAAAAUUUAAACAAAAGGUAAGCCCUGAGCCCAUUUUUGCUCUGACGGAACACAAGGAUCAAUAUAAUGUGAGUCUGUUAUACUUUUAUUAGAAGAAUAACAUAUUUAUCAGAAUCUGGCUAUUUAUAUUUUAGUAAUUUCUGCACAGUGAGUAAUAUUUUAAAAUGACUGCUUAUGUAAUGAAUGAACUAUCUUUAAUUAUGACCCUUCUUUCUGAAGAUGAGUUAAAAGGACUCUGAAGUCACCAAAACAACUUUUGCUUAAUGAAGCAGUUGUGUAUAUAUCAUGCUUGAAGUCUCACUGCACAAUUCUCUGUGAUUUAGGAGUUAAAUCACUUUUGUUUUAGCAACAUCUCCACUGCAUGUGACUGACACUCAAAUGCAAUUUACUUUAAAAGUUUGUAUCUCCUGCUCUUAAAGUUGAACUUUAAUCACAGAAGGCUCCUGCAGGGUCUAGCAAGCUAUUAAAAGUGUAGGAGAUAAUAAAUUCUAAAUGAAACAAACUGUGCAAUAAAGGAAGUGUAAACAUUAGAUGACUCUUUACAUGAAGUGUUUAGGAAGGCUGUGUGAGUCGCAUGCAAGGAGGUAUGACUAGGGCUGCAUAAACAAAGUGAUUUAACUCCUAAAUGGUAGAGAAUUGAGCAGUGAAACUGCAGGAGCACAGUCUAUACACUAAAACUGUUUAAUUAAACUAAAGUUGUUUUGGUGACUAUAGUGUCACUUUAAGUACAUUUUAGAAUAUUAAAUAGCCACUCAAGGUGCCUUCAUUUUUUUUUAGCAAUUCACCAACUGUUACUUGACUGUAGAGGCAUCUCAGACUGACUUCAGUAUCAAGUUACUCAGCAGUGGAUGCCAAUAAAGACCUUUAUAAUGCUUGCAGGAAGAGAUUUCUAUACAAAUAAUCAGCAGGAUAUGAUAAAGCCCUGAUAGAUUGGGAGAAGAAGGGAGGGGAGAAGCAGGGCAUGGUACACACUACAUUUUAUACCCAUUAAUGUAUUAAACUCAGAUAUGGCCAUUCAGAUUCCAGUCCCUUCUGACAACAUGGGGUUAACAACAUUUUCAGAUCAUUUCUGUAGAGCUUUUUUAGUCAUCAAAAAGCUGCAUUCACAAACACACUACGUGCGAAAUUAUAGGUGUGUAGCUUGGGAGCUCAUGGUGAGAAGACGGAGAUAUGUUUAUAUUAUUCCUUAAAUCUAAAAAGCCUAGAAACAACAUAACAUACUGAGUGAUACCAUUCUACAUCUUGGAAAUCAUGUUAAACAUGAAAACAUGAAAAUGCCAGAUUAUUCAGUUAUAUAAAACAGUAAUGCUCUGCAGCUUUUUAUUUUUUAUCUUUUUUUAAAGAAAAAUGUCUCUAUUCUGUUACAACUGAAACAAGUUAAAUUGUCACAUGAUUUUCAGAAGGCUGUACUAAGAUGGCUUCCUGCAAGGCUACAUCCUGAGGAGCUGAUGGAAUCUUAAAUAUCAUCUCAGAAUGUCUUUUGCUGAAAUGCCAGCCCUACAGAUCACCAAAGUAACCUCUUACAAGAUUAUUCAGUAAAGUGUGAAUUAUCAGAAAUCAUUUUUCAAGUCAGCUAUGUUUCCUUUUUGGCUGUUAUGGCCUAUAAAUUGAAAAUACCUUAGAUUUUUAGUUAAUAAUGUUGAUUGGCAUUGUUUGACUCCGUUAAUUAUUCUCUCUGGUGAUUCUCUGGGUUGUGACUGUUUGGGAAUAUAUUGUAGAGGCUAUAAGGAAUUGUUGUGCCAAUUGUGGCAGCAUGUUUAGAGUAGAAUUAUUAUGCCGGCCACUUCCCACCCUCCUUUCUAUAGUAGUAUCUCUUCCAUGUGCACUAUGUAAGGGGUAAAAUAAUACCCACUUGCAUAAUAUAAUAUAUAAUAUUAGAAGGGGUCAUGGACUAUGAAAUCUCUUCUUGAAAAGUGUGGAACUGCAAGUUGCAGAACAUACAGGAACAUACUUGGGAUAAAAGGACAGAACCCCAAAUUCCUCUGAGAUGUUUCUAAACCAUGUUUCAUAAACAUGAUGCCCUGCCAGACUAGACUUUUAUAGCAUGAUAUGUGGUUUACAAACAGCUGGUGUGCCAUGUCUAACCACCACAGUCACUGAACAAUAUUAGUUAAGCACUGGAUUCCCCCCGGUAGCGAUCUAGGACUCAAUGGCAGCAAAAACAUAGCCAUAAUUGUUUAACUGUUGUUUUAACCCUAGUGAUCACAAUCCCACCGUUCUGAUACUUUUUUUUACUGUUAUCGGUUCAUUGAAAAAGGGCGCUAAACCUUACGUGAAACACUGAGGUUUAGGCGAUCACAGUCCUGACAAAGAGGUUACUUUAACAGGACAAUUGAAAACCUAGCAAAUUCAGCAACCUCAACAUUUUUGUAACAAUGAACUUAUACUACAAUAUAUAUAUAUAUAUAAAUAUAUAUGUAAUUUUAUUUAAUUUUGUCAAUCAACUUUUUUAUUGAGUGGAUAUAAUGAAACAUAGGCCAUAUACCAUGGCUGCAAGUAUGUAUGUCAUUACAAGGCAAAUAAGUCAUCCAAAUAGAAUAAUCACUAAUGUUUCGACACAAAUGAAAAUGUUAUGCAUAAAUAAAAGUAAACAGUAAUAACAUUCACUGGGCAUAUAGUGAACAUCCUAAGGAGUCUUUAAGCAGGUUCAUUAUUGUAGAACUAGGCUAAGCCUUGACAUGUUAUCUGCGCAAAAAUAACACUGACCGUCUAUCACAUAAGCCAGUAUUCUCACGGGUGUAAUAUAAAACUCUUAAACGAGGAAGAUGAUAAAAACAAAACAUCUCAAAGAAAGAGAGAAGGACAUCAACACCAUGCUAGGCUGUACUGUUAGGAGGUGUCUUGAGACGCUAUCUGACUCCUUGCCAGAAUAAUUUUAUGCCAGAGCAGGGGAGAGAUGGCAAGGACCUCCUGUCUCCCUGCCAACCAACCCAAGACUUCUAAGUCAUCAGAGAGAAUGCCAACUGGCCUCGAGGUCUGUUUGCAGGCAUCGGCUCUCCUGGCAUCACAGACUGUCCCCGGUCUUAAGCCACAUACAGGCCAUCGUCCCAAGCUGUUUUGUUGCCUACAGUAUCCCUUUAAGGACAAAAAAAAAUGCCUUUGGCUAUAAUUCUAACAUUCAAAUGCUUAAAAUGUAGCCAGCACUUGAGGUAAUUUCCACAAGGGUGCAAAGACCUCUAGUCCCAUCUCUGAUGACCAAUAUUAGAAAGGAUAAAAUAAAAUUAUUAGCACACCUCUUCUUAAUGUCUUGUGAUCCCUUUCUUGUGGUUCCAUAAAUAGGCAACUGUUUGACCCACAGUUAGGGUCUUCAUCAAGCCAGUAUUAGCUUAUUGAGAAGAAGUUUAUUCGCUAAUGUACACGUUAAAUGUUCAUUAAGGUCUGCUUUGACUUUUGGUUAGCAUUUUUCUGGUGCUGGUAUUUUAUUAGUGAUGGACAAUGUCCAACCUAUCUCUUUGAGCUUGUAAUCACCUUAACAUAGCCUGUCAGCGAAGAACGUUAGAACAGUCUGUUUAAUAAACUGGUCUUGGCUGCUCACCAGAUCUCCUCACUCACAUAUUUUGGAGAGUCAAUGCAGUGAAAUAUAUUUUGUUCCGUAAGGAAGGGUACUGUCAAAUUGCCGAGGUGUUUGUUAAGUUUACAUCAUUUCAGUUAAGAUACGUUGUGGUUUUGUAUUUGUCAAAUGACAUGAUUUAUUUAAUGCAGGGUAAUAGAUAAGAUUUAACCAGCAAUAGCAAUGGACAACCCAGCAGAUUAGUGGAUGGAAGAAGAAUCGAUGAACUUUGAUACGUUUAUUUACUACAAAUGAAUAAAAGUAUACUAAUUUAAGGCAAUACAAUCUGUCUGUCUAUCUUAGGAGAAGAUGGCUUGUAAAAAUAGAUGGAAAAAUUGGAAUUCUCUCAAAAUAACAGAUAAUGUAAUUAAAUCUUGAUAAUCUGCACUUGUGUAUUCCGCUCACUGAUUUUAAAAAACAACAACUUUUGUUUAUUUGUAUUUCUACUCUCAUCCAGAUAUGCUCAGACUACAUUUUCCAAGAUUCAUCCAAUUUAAAGAAUUCUAAUUAUUAGAUUGUGAGCUCGUUUGAGCAUCUCUCUGCAGUGUAAAAGUAGCGCUUAAUCAUAUCAUUCAAUUAAAUUAGGGUGAUGGAGUAGCUCCGUGAUUGGUCCUGUAGUGUCUCUAUUUGCUAUUCAAACUUCAGGGUCAUAUGAUUUCUUCCUGGCAGAACUUCCACUGUCCAUAUAAUAUGAAUCAUUGAACUGGGAAAUAAAAACUUCUAUCUCCCAUGGCAUACUCAGAUAGCGCCGGCUCUGCGUGUGUGUGUGUGUAUAUAUAUAUAUAUAUAUGCGUACACACACACACUCACAGACACAUUCAGACACACACACACACACACAUACAUACACUCACAGACACACACACACAUUCACAGACACACACUCACACAGACACACACACACUCACACAGACACACACAUACACUCACACACACACACACACACACACAUUCACAGACACACACACUCACUCACUCACUCACUCAGACACAGACACAGACACACACACAGACACACACACUCACACACACACACGCACUCACACACAGACACACACACACACAGACACACAGACGCACACACACACUCACACACACACACACACACACACUCACACACACACAUACAAAUUAUUAUAUUUUAAUUUAAAAAAAAUGUCCACCCAGCCUCCUACCUGGAGUGCUGGCGUGGACUUGUCCCUGGGGUCCAGUGGGGCGGGCGCCUCUCUGCAGCUCAGCCGAGGCGAGGGAGCUGUCUGCUCUCUGCUUCCUCUGGCCGCGCGGGCUGUCUGCUGUAGCUGGGAGCUGGAAUAUGACAUCAUAUUCCGGCUCCCGGCAUCAGCGCGCGGCGAGAGGAAUCAGAGAGCAGAGAGCAGACAGCGGGGGGGUUAUCCAUCACCUCUUGCCCUCCCCAUGACAGGGGCAAGAGGUGAGACAGGGGGCUCUGAGUGUCUGCAGGAACAGCAUUCCUGCUCAAAAAAAACACUGUUCCUGCAGGACUCAAACCACAGGCGUGCCACGGGGAUUAGGGUGUGCCCAGGCACACCUGGCACACCCCGUGCGCACGCCUAUGUCAUCAAUUGUGCAGACUUCAGUGGUUUGUCAUCACCAAUGGGUUAUUUACUAAGGUAAUAAUUCAAAGUCAAUUUUAUAUUUCAUAUUUAAGAGAACACUAUAGUGUUAGGAUACAAAGAUGUAAUGCGCAAGCAUUUGGGCUUCCCUAUAUUUAUAGUGUGCCUUUAAGGUCAAAGUAGCCAGGCUGGAAGUAUAUCUGGCUUAGAAAAAGUUUACAGUUCUGAUAUUUUUACAUUGAAUUCGAAAUUCACUUUGAAUUCCUACUUUGGUCAAAAGUCCUGUAAGAUCCCCAAAUUUGCCAAAUGCUUGCUAAGUUGGGCUCAAGUGAAAAAGCUUUGCGUAAUGGAAAUCUGAGUAUAUAGCAAUGGAAGUAACGAGUGCCCGUCUUUACUAUCUGUCUGACCAACAUGAGACCGUAGUCCACAGUUACAUGUCCUGCUAAAGUUAUCCUAACAUUGCCGGAUCCUGUUCUUCGGCUGUGGAUUGUAACUCCUGUUAUUGUACGCCAGCACUUUUACAGAAAUUGCUUCUUACUUAGUUAGACAAGAGGGAUUGUACCACUAAAUCAUCUUCAGAACAGGGCCAAACGCACAGUAUGCCGUGUUUGCAAAACAAAUUCCCAAAUGUGUUCCAAAACUACGCACUCUAAUAAAUGAGAUUGCCCCAUCCCCCCACUGAGAAAAUUGUGCUUAUCAGGCAGUCCUGCACGCACAGGAAUAAGAGCCUGGAAUAUACACUGGAGGUGUCACGUGGAACCAUACCAUUUCUGUGGAAAAAAAGGUUUCUUUGGCUAAACAGCAGAUCUGCAGUCAUUCAUAGCAACCCUUCCCUUUCUCCCCAGGCAUCAGAAGACAAAAAUGCAAUAGAAAUCUAGAUAUAUAGGUUUUAACUCUUUCAUUGCUGGUAGAGCUAGAAGAAACAUACACUUGUCUCAAGGCAGUUUAUAUAUAUAUAUCUUUGUUUAUUUGUGUGUAUUGUACUGUCUGUUUUCUUGAUUGUACAGUGCCAGUGAUAAUAGUGAGUAAUAGUGAGUAUAUAUGUAUGACUGAAACGUCGAUUUGCUGUAACCCAUGAGUUAUGAAUAAAGACAAAUAAUUUUCUUCAAAAAGCCCAGCGUGUGCCUUUCUUCGUGGAUAUAUAUAUAUAUAUUUGUGUUUGGGGCUACAUGGAAUAUGACAUGAAAUAAGAUUGUAGUUAGCAAACCUGAGAUAGGAAAAAGUCAGCUGAGGUGUGCCGGAACCGACAUAUGCUGUAGGUUGUUAAUAAACUGUACAAUGGAUAUAUAUAAAUACACACACACCGUUAUUUUGGAUUUCGCAAACAGGUGUAGCAUUUUUAGUGAGAUUUAGUGAGUUAAACAAUCCAUUGAAAAGAUCACUCAUCAAAAUAGCAUUUUUUUCAUAAUUGCAUAAAUGUGCGAUAUGGUCAAAAAAACAUGAAUACAUGUCCAUUUUCCGAUUCCUUUAUGCAUUGUGUGCCAUUCCUCCCAACAACUUGGGACUUCAGUGGGCGGGUUAAAAGGAGGUGGUGCACUGACCUCCACUACCUUGAGUGUUCUGCAAACACGUCUAAUGAUGUGCUCUUUCUACACUUUUUGGGGGAUGAUCCCUGUUAUCCUUAAAAGAAGGGCACCAGUGAAAAAAGUUAUGAUGGUGGACAGACAUGACUGUCCUGCUGACAUUGGAACAGUUGGGAGGCCUGGUGUACACCUGUAUUGCCAAGUUUGUACACUACAGAUGUUUGUGUACAUUUAAGCAACAUGUAAAAUGUAGAAAAGGCCAUCAUGGUAUGUAUACCAUUGGUGAUUUAAACAUCAUCACAGUUUAUCUAUUACUUUUACAUUUUAUUUUUUAACAGUUCUUAUAUAGUUCUUGGAUCAAGAGCUCUUUACCAAAUGUAUCCUUUAAUCACGUUAUGCUUCAGAUAGAUGAUAGGUAAUGUCAGCAGGGCAAGCCAUGCCUGUGGCUGUUACUCUAUUACCUGUAGUAAUUUUAUACAAAGUGCUGUACAAUCUAAAGGGAUAAUCUGAAUUGAAAAGGUAGUAAGGGAGAAAAUACAGUUGGUAACUCAGAAUGUGGGGGACAAUGUAGAAUAAUCUAGAUAAAUGUCAGGUCAUGCCAGAAUGUAUCAGUAGGCUGUGAAAUACAGGUCUAAUCUUCAAGGUCUCCAAGCAGCCAUUAGCCAGUCAACAUAUGAUCCUUCAAGGUCUCCAAGCAGCCAUUAGCCAGUCAACAUAUGAUCCAACAUAUGAUAAGGCUAGGGACUAAUGAAAGUAUUUAGAAAAUUGGGCAGACUAGAUGGCCAGAUGGUUCUUAUCUGCCGUCACAUUCUAUGUUUCUAUGUUUCUAUGUUUCUAUCCUUUUCUGUAGGACAUAUUAAAGCGGCACUGUCAUGCCGAAUCCCGUUUUUUUUUAACCCCCCUCCCGCCUCCACUACAUCCAAUUGACCCACUAGUCACCCCCAAAUACCCCUAAGGCCCCCAGAUUACCUCUUUUUAAAUCUUUAUUUUCUGCCCCGAUCUAUAUUCAGGGCGCCGCCAUCUUUGUGUGGGUAGGUGAAGUCCCUCAGGGACACGUCAUCAGCCCACACUAGAUAGACUGUGAGAUUCCCGCACAUGCCCAGUUCAACACCUGGACAUGCGAACGGGAAUUUCAUCUAUACAUUCAUUCAUCAGACAGACGAAUGAACGAACAGAAAGAUCAGCCGAACAAACAAACACUAUGUAUCAGUGUAUCUGUGUAUCAGUGUUAGUUUGUUCGUUCAGUUUAUUACAAGGAGGGAGCUACCGGCGUGCAGCUCCCUCCUUGUAAUAUGUAAAGAUAGAAGCGGCAGGGAGCAGUGGUCCCCGCCUCUUCAUAAGCCCCCCCAGGUCCCCCUCUCACUCUAUGGGGGUCAAUAUGACCCCCAUAAUAGCACAAGGGAGAUUAAAAUCUCCCAAAUGCCCCUACUCGCUAUACCGCGAGUAGGGGCAUGUCUACUAAAUCAGAGUGCUCUGUGUCAUUUUACACAGCGUGGGAAAGUUCUUUUGAAUUUUCCCAUGCUGUGUAAAAUGACACAAAGCACUCUGAUUGGCUUAAACCCACCAAUCAGAGUGUUCUAAGCCUAAUUGCAGGGCGGGGCAAGGCUUUAUAAGCCUUGACCCGAUCUGCGGAGCUCAGUACGCGGCGUUCCCUCGAAGGGCGAACAUGGAUUACUUUUUUUUUUUUUAAAGUGUGACGGGUAUGAUGGAUUUUUAUUUGGCCUUUUUGGGUGCUGAAGAAAGAAGAUUGUGACUAGGGGCUUGGGACCCCUAGUCACCUUGAUUGGGGGGGUUUAAUUUAGGGCCCCCACCCACCGCUCAGGGGUGGGGGCCGGGGGGGAGGACAGUAGGUCCCCCCUUAUUGUUUUAUUAGGGCCCCCACCCACCGCUCGGGGUGGGGGCAGAAGGACAGUCCUCUGUGGGGCCCCCACCCACGGCGCGGGGGUGGGGGGCCAGGGAGACAGUAGGUCCCCUUGUGUUUGUGGGGCCCCCACCCACCCACCCGUGCGGGGGUGGGGGCCAGGGGGCGUGGGUCCCCUUGUGUGUUCAAUGGGGCCCCACCCGGCGCGGGGGUGAGGGGCCGAGGCGUGGGUCCCCUUGUGUGUGUUGGGGCCCCCACCCACCCACCGUGCAGGGGUGGGGGCCAGGGGGGAGGACAGUAGGUUCCCCCUUAUUGUUUUAUUAGGGCCCCCACCCACCGCUCAGGGGUGGGGGCCAGGGGGGGAGACAGUAGGUCCCCCCCUUAUUGUUUUAUUAGGGCCCCCACCCACCGCGCAAGGGUGGGGGCCAGGGGGGGAGGACAGUAGGUCCCCCCCCUUAUUGUUUUAUUAGGGCCCCCACCCACUGCUCAGGGGUGGGGGCCAAGGGGGGAGGACAGUAUGUCCCCCCCCCUUAUUGUUAUAUUAGGGCCCCCACCCACCGCGCAGAGGUGGGGGCCAGGGGGGGAGGACAGUAGGUCCCCCCCCUUAUUGUUUUAUUGGGGCCCCCACCCACCAAUCGUGCAGGGGUGGGGGCCGGGGGGGAGGACAGUAGGUCCCCCCCUUAUUGUUUUAUUAGGGCCCCCACCCACCGCUCAAGGGUGGGGGCCAAGGGGGGAGGACAGUAGGUCCCCCCUCCUUAUUGUUUUAUUAGGGCCCCCACCCACCGCUCAGGGGUGGGGGCCAGGGGGGGCCAGUAGGUCCCCCCCCUUAUUGUUUUAUUAGGGCCCCCACCCACCGCUUAGGGGUGGGGGCCAGGGGGGGAGGACAGUAGGUCCCCCCCCUUAUUGUUUUAUUAGGGCCCCCACCCACCGCGCAGGGGUGGGGACCAGGGAGGGGACAGUAGGUCCCCCCCUAUCUUUAUUUAGGGCCCCCACCCACCGCUCAGGGGUGGGGGCCAGGGGGGGAGGACAGUAGGUCCCCCUAUCUUUAUUUAGGGCCCCCACGGGCGGGGGGGGGUUAUUAGUUUUUUGGGUUUUUUUACAGCUCACUGCUUACUACACAUGCCCCUACUCGCAAUAUAGCAAGUAGGGGCAUAUUAUUUACUAAUACUAAGUAAUUUUUACUCAGUAUUAGUAAAUGUGACUGAAAGACCAAUUUAGGUCUUUCAGCCUUUUAGUAGAUAACUCCCUGAUACCGUGGGAAUUAGGGAGUUAUCUACUAAGCGGCUGCAAGAUGCAGCCGCGGCAAUGAAUAGGCUCAGAGUUUCAUUCCUUAGAAUGAAAUUCCGAUCCGAAUAAAGUGCCGAAUUGCAUUCUAAAAGAAACGAACAUACUGUUCUUAUUCAGUUAGAACGCAAUUCGGCAGUUUUAGCUAAAAUGACAGGAAGCAUCGCGAGAUCACAGAGGAAAGCUAGGGAUCAUGGGAAAAUUGCUUUGACCAGCGGAAAUGAAGCACACUUUGCUCCUCCGCUGUUCGGAGCUGUUCAAACGGAGGAAUCCUCCAUAAGGCAAAGAGUCCCCACUUUGUCAUGAUUUUAAAGAAAACUAAAGAAAACAGGAAGAAAAGAAUAACAGAUCCUGAGAGAGGGGGAGAAGAGGAAGAGAUUGAGGAAAGGUAAGUUCGGCAUGACAGUGCCGCUUUAAGAAAACAAACAUGAGAUCUCUGGCAUUGAAUGCUGAAAUGGGAUCUCAAGCAUGAUAUUUGCUUCACAAAAUCUUCAUUCUGUCAUCCAUAACAGUGAUAGAGACAUACCAGGGAAGCCAUAGACCAGAAUGACAUUUUGUGCCCCAAAGCACAUACAGAUAGACACUAUGAGUAAGGAAUUCGGGUACAAAACCAGUCUGUUUUCUAUAUUGUUAUCUGGCUCCUCCUCUGUGUGUUAUGGAAUAAAGUGGGCUAUCUGAGAUCUCAUUUAAUUUAUUUGCACAUCAUAGAAAAAAACUGUUUCAGAUAUGAGCAUUUGAGAAUAUUGUGGUCUGUUGAUUUUAUGUGUGAUUUAAAAAAUAGAUUUAAGGGACAGAAGACAUAAGUUGGGGACAAGUUGAGAAACAGAAGAGCUUUGCUGGUUUUUCUAAAGGGCUUUUUUGGGGCUUUUAUUAAACAUAUAUAAACUGAGGAAUGUGUUGCUUGUCAGGGCCAUUUGAAGGAAUUUGGGCGCCCCAUGCAAAAUGGACAUGGAGACCCCCUCAAACUCCCCCCCACAUGCACGCAAAGCCUACAGGAACCACAGCAUAGCCAUACAGUUUAAGUUCACUUACUCCUUCCCCCUAUGAUCUUUUUACUACUCCCCCCUCCCCCACCCCCUCCCUAUGUUCUUCUUACUCCCCUCCCCCCUGUGUCCUAUUUACUCCCCUCCCCUGUUUCCUUCUUACUCCCUCUCCCCCCUGUGUCAUUCUUACUCCCCCUCCUGUGUCCUUCUUACUCCCCCCCUCCCUCUGUCCUUCUUGUUUUCCCCCUCCCCUCCCUGUGUCCUUCUUACUCCCCCCCUCCCUGUGUCUUUCUACCCCCCCCUCCCUGUGUCCUUACUCCCCCUCCCCCUCCUGUGUCCUUCUUACUCCCCCUGUGUCUUCUUACCCUCCCCCCCCUCCCUCCCUGUGAACUUCUUACUCCCCCCUCCCUGUGUCCUUCUUACUACCUCCUCCCUGUGUCCUUCUUACUCCCCCCUCCCUGUGCCCUUCUUACUCCCUUAUGUUUUUUUUUCUUACUCCCUUAUAGGAAGCACCGGUUCUGCUUGGGGCCUUUUAUUGUGGCCAGCCUAAGGCACACCUUUGCAAUAAUCAUGCUGUCUAAUCAGCAUCUUGAUAUGCCACACCUGUGAGGUGGAUGGAUUAUCUCAGCAAAGGAGGAGAAGUGCUCACUAACACAGAUUUAGACAGAUUUGUGAACAAUUUCUGAGAGAAAUAGGCCUUUUGUGUACAUAGAAAAAGUCUUAGAUCUUUGAGUUCAGCUCAUGAAAAAUGGGGGCAAAAACAAAAGUGUUGCGUUUAUAAUUUUGUUCAGUGUAAUCCUUUUGAUUGUAAACUCAUGUUAUUGAGUGAUAAUAGCAUCUCAUUGAAAAGUCAAAGUGACAGUUUGGUGUCUUAUAAUGGUAUACGAUCACUGAAGGAAAUAGGAAGAUGUGAUGUUGUAAAACGUCAAUAAAACAUGCUGUGUCUUUCUGAUAAGUAUUUGCGUUAAAUGGUGAUAAUGGUGAUAAAACUGCACUUUGCUUAAGAGCCACCAUGCAAUAACGUUCGGAAUAGUACAUAUUAUACAAUGGGAUGCCAAAUAAAACUCAUAGGGACAGCUAAUAAAGAUUUACAGGGUUAUAGGGUUAUUCACUAAACCAGAAAUUACCGGGAAGUUUUUUACAUUUAAAAAAAUUUUUUUAUUCCAAAACAGUCAAAAUGAAAAAUAGCAAAAGCUGAGAUUUUUUCAAAUUUGGCUAUUUUAGUUUACAAUUUUAAAUCCCCUGGUAAGUUUUCACUAAUUCCCAGUAUAGUGAUUAACCCUGUAAGUGUUAUAAACCUAUAACUCAUUUCAAUCUCGGUCAGCUGACUGUCCACUGGAUAUCUUGUACUAUCACUCCCGUCACUCUCGAUGCUGCCUAGUGAACAUAAGGUUGUGAUUAGGCAAAAUGUGGACUGUAAUUGUCCUAAGAAUAUUUUAAUGGCUGGAUACAUAUAAUUAUUUUACUGUGACUUUAUCUUUAAUUUGUAUGAAUACUUAUUAUUAUUACAACUUAACAUGAUGUGUAUUGUGAUUACACAGGUCUUAAAACAGUACUCAGAGAAAUUGUGGUUAUUCUAAUUUUAAUUUGUUUCCAGUUUGAAUAGAUUAAAGUUGAGCUGGGAAUGAAUAAAGUAAAGUAUAUAUAUAUAGCUUUUCUGGGUGUAUUCAGGGAUACAUAAGCACCUGUAUGCCUCCCAUAAAUACAGACAUUUGCAACAAGACGAGCUGGACGCACAGGAACUGGGGAUGUGGAGGGCCAUAAUGCUCAAGGUUCCAUCACAGAAUGCUCUGUAUGCUGCUGUACGUUGUGGGACCUGCAAACAGCUCUAAUGUAAUUGACAAUGGCCUGAAAUCUAAGCUUAAAUGUAUCUUAUUAAAUGAUAUUUUAUCCACGAAUGGCCCAGGCUGGCUAUGUACAACUAAAAUUGGUGGAAACUUUGGUUCAGACGUAUAAAUUCAUCCAACGAAAAAAAAACUAGUUCAGACGACCAAAUUUUCAUUAUGUCGCAGUCCAGCUCUUCUAAAUAUUGUCCAUGCAGACGAUUCAGGAAAGUCUGUUUGGACAAACCAAAAAAGCAUGAAAAAUGUGCAUAUCACUGUACUGCAAAACAUAUACAUAAUAUUUAUAUGUAUAGAAGUUUGCAGUACAGUGAUAGGCUCAUGAAUGAAGCUAAUCAGUCAGAAUUCAGUCGACCAAACCAAAUGGUAUGUUACCAUUCAAAUUUAGUCCAUUAAUCUCUAUGUUGUGUGUACAGUUACUUUUGAGCAUUUGGGUGCUUAUUUUAAGGUUUGAUUGAUUGAUGUCCUUCCCUUCCUCCACAAAGAAACCUAUCAGGCCAUUGUCCAUGUUGUUUGUUCCACCCCUCCUCUCCCCCCCAGUAAUACAUGCAUAUGGCAGUUUUAAGGUAUGGAAUUUGAGCGACAUGCUGAUUAGCCAAAAUUUGCAGUUUGCAAAUUUGGAUCUGAUUUGUCUUAAAGUGAUUUACAAUUAAUAUAGUACAUUAAAAAAGAAUCCUAUCUGGAAUAGUACAGCCAUGAAUACAUAUUUAUAUUCUGUUACUUAGCCCCUAAAUGGCAGCUGAUUAAAUACUUUUUUCCUUAGUGAAUCAAGUGACAAAAUCCAGCAUGUGUUUAAACUCCUACAUGUGGCAUUUGGCUGAACAGUUGAGGUGCACACAUAAUAUGAGGACAGGUGGACACCUGACAGUUAUUGGCUUCAGUUUCUGCCAGAGAUCACUGAUAACGUCUAAAAUUCCAUUUGACAAUUCCAACAUGUGCUCCACAAGACACUUUUGCCAUCUUACAUUGGAAUUACUAAGAGAAACAUUCUUUUUCAGACAGUGUGAUCCCAAAUGAUAAAAAAUGAUCCUUUGAGGAUCUGAAAAACAUGUAUACACUGAUCAGCAUCAAAAUUAAAACCACUGACAGGUGAAGUGAUUAACAUUGAAUAUAUCAUUACAAUGGAAUCUGUCAAGGUGUGGGAUAUAAUAGGCAGUAAGUGAACAGUCAGUUCUUGAAUUUCAUGUUUUGAAAGCAGGAAAAAUGGCCAAGCAAAACGAUUUGAUUAACUUUGAUUAGGGCCAAGUGUUAGAUACCAGGGUCAGAGCAAUCAGCAAGAAUUAAAGGAACUGCUUGGUGCCAUAUACCACAGGACAUGUUCAGAAGUCUUGUGGAGUCCAAGCCUCGACGUGUCAGAGCUAUUUUGGCAGCACAUGGGGGACCUACACGAUAUUAGGCAGGUGGUUUUAAUGUUGUGUAAUUUAUUCUGGCCUUUGUCAUUGAUGUCUAUAGCCUUUUUACAACCAUCAGCCCAGCCACGUAUGUCCCCUAUCAGAACCAGUCUUUGCUGAUUUACCCUCACAUCUACUCAAACACUGCUAGAUGAACAUUGUCACCAAGCAGGAAUCCCAAAUGUCCCAGUUUCAGGCGGUGGGGGGGAGUCCCAAUUUUAUGGUCCUGUCCUGCUGUCCCUAAAUUGUUCCCUGGUGUCCCACAUUCCAUGACACUAAAUAACUAUCUUUAGACACGACAGCAUGAAAGCGCACAAGAGAAUAGUAGGAGUAGUGGGAGUUUAAGUGCAGGAUCUUUUUUUGUGUAACUAUAUUCAUUUUUGAAUCGCACAGUCAUGUUACAAUGCUGCCACCCAUCCCAUGUGUUCCCUAUUAAGGGUUAAUAUGUAUGUAGGUGUUUAUAAAUAAAAUACCCCUCUCAUUAGAGAUUUAUUUGUCUGAAGCUCAAAGAAGCAAGGUGAAUAGUCAGUGUAGGACCCACCUAAGAGGUUUGCCCUUACGUGGCAGGUGGGAAUGCAUCUAAUGGCCAUUGGAGUAGCUAAAUGACCUCCAUUUAUUUAAAUAUGUGUAGGGAUUUGGGAUAGUGUACAGGUAACUCUUUUUUUUUCUCGACUUAGAGAAUGUUUCCAGUAGCUAUAUUGACCUUAAAUUUGAAUGUCACUUUAAAUUCCCUUUAAAUUCUCACUCUAGUAAAUAACCCUGGCAGUCUAAUUUCUAUGACAUUAUAAUGAGUAUGUUUGUGAAUGGGCUGAUCGCCAUAUUUCUGUGUUCAGGCAUCUAAUAGUAGAAUGCUGUACAAAUGCAUGAGUGCAGGGGGAAUACUUCCAGCAUGUCCUAUGCAGCAUGUACCCUCACACGUCAACGUCUGUAAAACCAUGGUUAUUACAUUUGUCUACAAUUUAUACUCUAGUGAUGCCAUUACAAAAACGAAAUUCACGAGAACACUGGCAGCAGACAAAAAUCAUUAGCUUGUCCCUUGUCUUGUCUUGUCCCCUGCUUAGGUCUGAAACCGGUUUUAGCGUAUUUGUGCCAUUACACAGAGAACUUAUACCAUAAACAUAUCCAACUGAUCCCACCCUCAAGAGUAGACCGGUAGCAAAAUGCCAGAGCUAUGGCACACAGUGUGAGUAAAAACAAAUAAAAAAAAAUCUGUAUUAAGUAAAUAAAUAAAUAAUAAAAAUACCACAACCCAUUGCCAACAUUUAUUUUGCUAUUGGGUUGGACCUUUUCAUUAAUUCUGGACAUUUCACCUUAAGUUUUGCAAGUCACCUGCACGGCAAUGCAUCAUGUAUACAAUUAUUUAUUAAAGUGAAAAUUAUUGGAAUUCAAAGUGAAUUCUAAAUUUAAGUAGUUGAACUGGAAACGUUCUCCUAGUCAUCUAUGAUUCCAACUCUUGCCCUAAUGUUGAAAUUCACUUUGCAUUCGGCCUGCGCAUUUGACAAAAACAUGACCUUUAAUAGAAUAUAUUACAAUUUAUAAUUUUUCUUUUUUAAAUAAAAUUAGUAGCUAAUAAGUGAGCUGCCUUAUGCAGUAAUAUUUCUUCAUUAUUGUAACGAAAUUAAUGCAUCCCUCCGAAGUGUGCCUAUUUAUCAGGGACACUCCCUUUUUUAGUCCUAAUUCCCUCUGUCCCUCUUUUCUACCCUAAUGCCCCUCUUUUCUAGGAGCUCUGCAUUGUUGGUGUGUCUGAGUGUAUGACAGAGCUCCACAGCAAUAAUACUCCCAGUAAUGUGUUUUUAAAUUACAAUAAAUGUGAUUAGAAAUCAGUCUGUGUAAAUAAGAUACAUUGAUCUUGUUCUAAAUUACAUUUUAGUUUAGCAUAAACUGUUAUUAGUAAAUCUCUUAAAAACUGCCCUGCCCCUGGCCACACUCGAGUCACACCCCUAAAAUUAAAGUGUCCCUUUUUGUCCAUGUCAAAUGUUGGGAGGGAUGUAAAUAUUAUGUAUUCUCUAUUGAAGCAAUUAAUCUGUGUAUUACUUUCUGUAAAUGUGAUAUAAGAAUAGGGUUAUAAGUCUGAAUCCAUUGAGGUGUCAAUUGACAGGUCUGAGGAUUUGGUAACAAAAUCAUAGACAAGCUCUGAUAUGACUGGUGGCAACAUGCACAGACCAGAGCUGUGGUCGCCGUGGUUUUAUUUGCUUUAGGCAUGAAUUCACACACUAGGUACAUGCAUAUUGUAUGUAGCUCUAAAGUCUAAAUUGACCAAUUUCAAAUUCUUUGUUUCUGUAGGGUUCAGCAGAUUCUUACACAAGCAGACCAUCAGACUCUGAUGUAUCUCUGGAAGAGGACAGAGAAGCAAUUCGGCAAGAGAAGGAACAGCAAGCCUCAGUCCAACUCGAGAGAGCCAAAGUAAUGCGUAUACCUUUACUGGAAGCAUACGGGAAUGGGAUCAGGGCCAGUUAUGGGGUGUGCGACAAGCAACAAUCAUUAUAGAAUCAUACAAUUUCUGUUUGUAAAAUACAUUAAGCAAAUUGUGUUUUUUGAUUUAGAAACUAAUUGAUUUGGUUUAGAUUAGUAACAAUAUACAUCUGCAGCCUUGUACACUAUAGAGUUUAUUCACUGAGGCAUUGAUGAGAAUUGGCAAGGGAAUGGUAAGUCUCACGUUGUGUUAAGCUAGAAAAUUCAUGGCAUUUGGAAACAUUUAUGAUUGGCUAUUUAGCCCACAGUUUUCAGUUUUCACUUCAUUUAUCAGCAAACCCCAGUUUAGUGAAAACAAUCCUUAAAGUUUUAGUCUAAUCAACAUAACCACAAACGUUUACUGUAGUCUCCUGGGCAGAUCUUCCAUAAGAAAUCUCAGGUCCCCUUAAAAAAUAUUGCCUGGUCUCCCGCACCUAGAUACACACCCCAUGCCACACACAUAUGUAUAUAUGUAGAAACAGUCAUACACACACUCUUUCAGAAUAUAUACAUAUGCACAUUGCCAAACACAAAUAUACAAUAUCAGGCACACACACACACACACAGUCACAUACACACACAGACAGUCACAUACACAGUGUUAGAAACACAGAAACAGAUUCCAGCUGUCAGACACACAGUGUCACACACACAUGGAGCAAACAGACACAUAGGGCCAUUGCCCUAUGUAAAAUAGGUCCCCCAGCCUACAGGGCCAUGGGUAGUGUUACCGGGACUUGUACAUCGGGAAUAACCCAAAUUGCAAAAUAUAGGCAAUUACCAAGUCCAAAAACUCCAAGGUAUUGAGUAGAUGGAAAAAUACAUGAGGAAAAAAAGGAAAAUAAAAGAUAAAAAAAGGAAGCAAAUAAUUUUAUUGAUAAUUAUAAUAAGCUGGGACUUAAAGGAUCACUAAAGGGCCAGGAACACAAACAUGUAUUCCUGACCCCAUAGUGUUAACACCACCAUCUAGCCUCCCCCGGGUCCCUCAUGCCUCCAUGAAUAUAGUAAAAUCUUACUGUAUUCAAGCCAGAAGCUGUAACUCUGCAUGCUGUUAGACUCAGAAAAACAAAGCAGUCUGCUGACAUCAUCAGAAGUGGUUGCAUGAUCCAAUCACAGUGCUUCCCCAUAGGAUUGGCUGAGACUGACAAGGAGGCAGAUCAGGGGCAGAGCCAGCAUGAUUCAAACACAGCCCUGGCCAAUCGGCAUCUCCUCAUAGAGAUGAACUGAAUCAAUGUAUCUCUAUGAGGAAAGUUCAGUGUCUGCAUACAGAGGGAGGAGAUACUGAAUGUUUGAAUGCAUUUUAGGCAGCCAUGACCCAGGAAGGAGCUCGAACAGCCAUCUGAGGAGUGGCCAGUGAAGUUAUCACUAGGCUGUAAUGUAAACACUGCAUUUUCUCUGAAAAGACAGUGUUUACAGCAAAAAACCUGAAGGUAAUGAUUCUACUCACCAGAACAAAUUCAAUAAGCUGUAGUUGUUCUGGAGACUAUAGUGUCCCUUUAAAUCAGUCAAAAAAGUAAAACACAUAAAUUACCCAUUACAAUAGUGUAGAGGAUCAGGAAGGGCUUUCUUACAAUUAUAUAAUAUCCAAUUUUAUGUAGUGUAGACCUGACCAUGGGGUGUAUCUGUGCCUGCACGUAUUAAUUUCCGAAGUGUCUAUUUUUUGUGCACUAUCUAGAUACAAUCUGUGUAGUAAAGGUACGGCUGCCUUCAAUGGUUUAGGUAGAGACUAUCGCAUGUCAAUUUACUAGUUGCUCUCACUUUAAAUGCUACAGUGCUUCAGGUUCGUCAAACAAUAUUACAUGUCUGUUUACAAGUAUUUCUCUCCACAGUUGCUACAAUGUUUCCGGUUCUUACAUAAAGUAGUAUACAUUGUCGCCUGUUGCGGUGGACAGUGAAUAAAAAAGGGAACCAAAUCAGGGGGUAGAUGUAAUUAAUUAGCCCUCUAAUUGGCUCACAAAUUGGCCAAAAAUACCCCUUCUCUCUAGAAAGGAGGAAAGCAAUUAAAUAUGUGCCCAAAUAUAUUGUAUUUGUGAGGCAAUUAAUUGAUCCCAUACCAACUUCAGAUCUAUUCAUAAAAACACCUCUCAAGUUAAGGAAACAAGUAGGAGCCCCCAAUAUCCAGAAACAGCAGAAGCUGAAAAGGGGUACGCUGGGGAGCAGUGCCCUAUUAAUUAGCAUUAAAUAUGAUGAGGAAAUAUCUACCUAUACCAUGCACUAAAUCCAGAGCCAAAGAGAACUUUAAACAGAACCCACAACCUUCCAGCUAUCCCAGUGGGUUAACUUUUUUUCAAGUACCCCAUACCUCUGAGUUUUUGGCUUUAGAAAUAGUCUAUAUGCUUGCCAUUGCCGUCUGGUUCAUGGUGACAUAGCUUUCUCACCUACUGCACCAAUAAGUGCUACAAGGCCCGAUGCGAAUGCCUCAAGUGGGCUGGGCCCAUUACAAGGGUACUGCCUAUAGCCCCAUGAUGGCUGCUCUGGGUGCCAUUACUCAUCUAGCUGUUCAGGUGGGAUGAUAUUGACUUAUAAACUGAUAAAGCUGAAUUGCUAAUUUCACAUUAUGAACACAGCCAAGAUGGGGUAGUUUUGGGGCACCAGAAGACCCCCAGUUUACAACAAACUGGCAGUGAGCUGUAGUGGUUAUAUUGCUUAGUCUAUCCUUUUAAAGUUAACUUAUAAUGCAAUCAUAAAUUAUAAGAUCAAUAAAUUAAUUUAGUUAUUGUGCCACCAAAUCUGGCAUUGAUAGAAGGUGCAUCUCUAAAUAAAUAAAAAAAUACAAAUUAAUGGUUGUAACCUUCUGAGCUCCACAGAAGGAAAGAACCUUUUUAGACAUGCAAUAGUUAAUUUAGAUGAUGCUGAUAAGGACAGACCUCAAGCGAGCACUCAUUAAAUUCCAACCUUUGCAAGGGAGGAUCUCGCAAAAUCAAUAUUUGGACUGACCAUACCUUUAAUUAGGAAAUCUAACAGGAUAAAUUCUGCAGGAGAACAAUGACGCUAAUGCGAGUCUGCAGUAUGCAUUUUACACAAUUAUUUCUAGUGGAAGGUGAGAUAUGAUAUUAUCUAAAUAUGGGGUGAAUAUUCACUAUAACAGGAUUUGAUGAGAAUUAAUAAGAGAGUUGCAAUUCAAGGCCAAAGUAGUCGAUUUGGCAAACUUAUUGAAUUGGAGAAACAAUUUAAUUCCUUUAUUUUUGGCCAAAAUGUCAGAAUCUCUAGUCGAUUUUCCACAAUUCCCCCUUUAUUGAAUAAAGUAAUUUGUGUAUUUUAUGACACUGAUGCCUAGUACUGCAGAAGCUUGUAGAUUUCAUUUCCCAUGAUCCUUAGCAAGCCUUUAGCUUGUGAACAUUCAAGAAAAAUAUAGAACAAUUACAGUAUCAACCUUAGUGGGCACCUUUUUUUAAAAGUAUGACAUUAUGGAGUUAAUGUGCAUAGUGAGCGUUACUCUGUGAUAACGAUGGGUAUAUGUGUAUUCUGCAGACCAAGCCCGUGGCAUUUGCAGUGAAGACGAAUGUAAGUUACUGCGGAGCAUUAGAUGAAGAUGUUCCCGUACCCAGCACUGCCAUCUCUUUCGACGCCAAGGACUUUUUACACAUUAAAGAGGUAAAUGUAGGAUUCAUUUCUCCUGGCACCAGUCAGCAGCUCAAAAGAAAUACAUCCGUCAGGCGACAUCUUGUUAAAAACUAAAAGGAAAGCUAACCAGGUCUCAGGACUUUUAAUUAUUUGAUUAACCUCUACCUCCUGCGUGCCAAAGUGAUACCUGCUUUGCAUAGAACUCUUGGCACCAAAGAAAUGCCAAAGGGGUAAACGCUGCACAGUUUUUGUUAACCCUUAAGGUGUCAGCUAUUUUAUGUAUUUAUGUUUUUAUUUUGUCAGUUCUCUGUACUCUUUUGCUCCCUGUGUCGCUUUGUUAGCAGGUGUGUGUAGGGUCUCUCUGUGACAGCACACAUGAGAGUAACUUGAGAAUGUGUAUUCUCAGUAUAAGCUUGCACUCUAUAUAGGCUAAUUUAUUGCUUUUUUUUUUUUUAAAGGAAAAUAGGUGAAAUUGCUUGGUAAAUUGGACAAAAUGCAUUUGAGUCUGUGUUAAAAAGGAUCUGUCACUUAUCUGGAAAUUGCAACAUUUAAUAAAACAUUGGAAGUCACCUAUAGUUUGGUGCAUGGUAUAUCGAAGAUGUAGGAGUUGACUGUACAAUUUAGUUCAGUUCGGGUAAAGCUAGGGAACUUGAUGCUUUGAGGAAGAGAAACAAAAACACUGGGAGAUAUGUAUAAAAGUGUAAUAGAAAGUGACGGUUUCAUUCCAUCAUUAUUUUGACCAUAUUUAUCAAAGUGAUCUAAAACGACAGUCUUUCAUAGAAAUUUCCAUUUCCAUUUCCAUUUUAGAACUGCCACAUUUACAGUAGCUGGAAAAAUACCAACACUUUUCUGUCUGAAAAAGUAGCCAGAAAAAAAAGUCAUAAAUCCAUUGCAAUAGUGAAAAAAAGAAGACGAAACACAAGAGAUUUAAUGAUUUACACCAAAAAGUCCCCCCCCCAAAAAAUUACAUAGAAAAGUAUCAGUUACAGUCUCAUAAAUUCCUAUCAUUGAUAAAAGAGACAUCUUAGGAAUUAAUGGAUCCCCUUUAAACGGAGCAUGGUACACAUCUCAUUGCUGGCAAUAUGUGUACAGAUAGCGAUUCACACACUAGCAGAUACUGCUUCAAGUGUAGCUACGCUUAUUGCGCUCAGUUUUAUCCAUCCUAACAGUAUAUACAUCGCAAGGAAAUGUGUAGCUACUAUCAAGUGUACUGUUACCUGGAUAGGCAAAAUUUUUGACUGGCUGAUGUACAUGCUGGGAGAUGUAGUUCAUUAGCUCUCCUCAACAUGAUCAACUUUAUAACAUUAUCCUUGAUGACAAAUUUUUGCAUACACUUGAUACAAUGUGUAUAUGUUCAUUUUACCGUCUCCGUCCUCACUAUAGUCAACCUAUGCACCUCUCUCUGUUUACAUGUGCUUCUCAUCCUUAUAGACCAGGAGUAGGCAACUUUUGGCACUCCAGGAGUUGUGGACUACUACUACACUGAUGCUUUGCCAGCAUUUUGUCUGUAAAUGCAUUGUAGGAGAUAUAGUUCAGGUUUGGGGUGCCAAAGAUUGUAUACCUCUGUUACAGGCAGAGGUGGGGGAGAUGAUUUUAAAGAAAUGCUGCUCUGAAAGUGAUGCCUACUGAAACAAACACCACUCUUCCAGAAAUACAACAAUGAUUGGUGGAUAGGGAGACUCGUCAAAGAAGGCUGUGAGAUCGGGUUCAUUCCAAGUCCUCUGAGGUUGGAGAAUAUUCGAAUCCAGCAGGAGCAGAAGAGGGGUCGUUUUCAUGGAGGGUAAGAAAAACAUUUAUUUUAAUAUUUCAUGUUUCAAAGAGUUCCAUGGGAAUAGAUGUUGAAAUAUACAAAUUAUGUAGCAUGAUAGAAGAUAUUGGUCAUGGGUUUAAUUUAACUGCAUUUUUUAUUAUAUUGUGUCAUCUUCAAUAUGUGAAAUAUAUAUAUGUGAUAUUAUUUUUAUAUAUAGCAUACUAAUAUAGCAUUUAAUAUAUUAGUGCAUCAUUGGAGUCAUCGUCUAGUGAGAGUUGAUUGUGUCCCACCCUCGACAUAAAAGAAAGAAUAAAAGAAAGAAAGUAAAAAAAAGAAAGCUAAUGUUCUAAUGUUUAAUAACUGUGCAACAUAUUUAUAAUUUACUGUGCUAAUAAUAUCCAUUCUUUUGACAGUAAAUCAAGUGGAAAUUCUUCUUCAAGUCUUGGGGAAAUGGUAUCUGGGACAUUUCGUGCAACGCCCCCUUCUGCCGGUGAGCCCUAUUUGAACAUGCAGAUAUGUAUUCCUAUUUUAGUUGAAGUUAAAGAUUAUUAAGACAUUUUUGAAACCAAGGAAAGUGAAGUACUCAGAGGCUGUCUCGCAACUUCAACCCAAGUCGAAUUCAUGUGUUUCAACUAACAAAGGCCAGGAAAGCUUACAAAACUCACAAUGAGAUAUUCACUAAAGUGUGAAUUGUUGAACUUGUUGACACACACAAAAGGACUGGAAGUUCUGUUCUAAUAUUAUAAUUACAAGUGCUCAGAGUAUCUAUCAAAAUAAUCCAUUUAUAUUUAAAUAAAUAUAUCCAAGCUUGCAGGAACGUUGAAGAGCAUACUUCAGAUCUUGCUUUCCUCACUAGGCCAACACUUUACUGUUCUAUUAAUAACCUUCCUAUCGUAAUCCUGUUGAUUACAAUGGAAUGAAGCAAGGGAAGAGUUAUAAUGGGUACAUGAUAACCGUGCCUUUACCUUUUCUGAACCUCUGUCCUAUCAGUGUCUGUGUCUCUGGCAGACACGCACACAAAGAGUACAUUUAACAGCAGUGUUUGCGGGCACCUCUGACACAGAAUAUGUUAAUGCAUGUAGCCCAUGUUUUAUAAACGAUUGGAUUUUUCUUUAGAGGUGAAAUUAACAUUACUCUCUUUGGUUUGCAGCCAAACAGAAGCAGAAAGUGGUGAGUCAUUUUCUCAUUUUUAUUCUCCAAACCUCCUGCAAAUUCCACUGAUAUUAAUUCAUUUAAUAUCAUUUCACUUGCAGACAGAACACAUUCCUCCUUAUGAUGUUGUACCCUCCAUGAGGCCAGUCGUUUUAGUUGGUCCAUCUCUAAAGGGUUAUGAGGUAUGUAUCUCCAUUUAAAGGUUCUGGCUCAGAUUUAUCCAGGCCUUCCAACUGUCCUGCUUUUGACAGGACAGUUCCGAUUUUCAGGUACAGUCUCGCUGUCCCAACACCAGGGAACUGUCCCCAACAAGCAUAGAGCAAGUGCAUCAUUAGAUGUGUUUUGCUUGGACUAUUAGGAGCCAUCAGAGACCACUGAAACAGUGCUUCCUGCAGUGUCUGCCCUCAGUGGGUUGAUCUGUCUAUGGUUUGGAGGGACCCAUCCCCAUUCUGAUUCAAAGGACACCAGAGUUGGGAGGUAUGUUACCUUCUGAUAAUCCAUAAUUCAGUAAGGCUACAAGAACCUCAGAAAACCUUGGAAAAUUUGUUCAGCUAAAGAUAUUGUGAUGAAGACACAUCCAUCUAAGCAAAAAUACAACUCAAGGACCCAUUAGAUGGCAUGAAAACAUACAUAGUUAAUUGCAAUGUUUCUCAGGCCUUUCAGAAAACCCAUAAAUGUAUAUACCGGUAUUUACUGGAAAAUUCUGUCCUUUUUCUUUUAGAGGAAAAAUUCUGAAAUUAAUUGCAUCGUGCAAAAUGUUGAAUAUUCUUAACAAAUGAAGGUCCACUCUCAAAAAAGCAGAUGUAAAAAUCUAAUUGAUUUAUUUAACUGCGCCGAUUCUCCAAAUAUUUUUUGAAAAGAUACUGAAAAGUGUUUGGAACAUUCUGACAAACCUAACCAAUCACAUUGCUCUAUUUUUUCCCAUUCAGUCAGACAUAAAUUAAUGGACCAAUAUAACUGUAUAGAGCAUUCUGACACAGUUGAAUGUAUCUUUAUGUUCUUUACAACAUCACAUUUUUGUUUUAACGAGAUGGUAUGUAGGUUUUUCAGAUUGUAAUUCCGCUAGCUAGGUUUUCUAAAAUAUCUAGAGAAAAUCUCACUCGGAAGCUACAAAACUGUACUGCAUGACCAGACUGCUAAUCUUAUACAUAUAACAUUUAAAACGAUAUUGGCCCAAAUCUCUUCCACAAACUGAUUGACUGAGUUAUCGCACAUCUCCCACUGAUUUAUGUAAAAAUGACGAUAUCAGCGUUACUUUUGUUGAGCUUGGGAAUCAAAGGUGUCUUUAUCAGAAUUUUAAUGUUUUGCAUGUUUCACAGUUAAAAAAUAACCUAUAGGAGAGAAAACAUGUAAGUAUAUAUUUGCUGGUGUUAAUUGAUUCGUUAACAAAGCAGAUAGCAAAGACUAGAAAAUGUCACUGAUUAUCAGCAGGUAGAGAGUCUUUCCUUCUUACAGAAUCAUUGAGCAGGUUUCCUUUGACCUUUUCCCAUUGGUCUCCGAAAACAUUUGGCCAACAAACACUGUCUUUCUUUUUUCCUCUUUUCUGUUUUUCUCACAUUAUCCCUUUUUUCUCUUUCUUUCUGUCCACCUUGACCUUCUUAUCUCCUGUUCUGGGAAGGUGACGGACAUGAUGCAGAAAGCCCUUUUUGACUUCUUGAAGCACAGGUUUGAUGGGAGGUGAGGAAUGAUUGCAUUACUCUUUGGCCCUUAGGCGUCCGUGAACUAAAAAGUAGAGGCCCAGAAAAAAAAAUAAUAAUGAAAGAUUCUGUCUUAUGACGCUGUCCUAUACUGACCUACAUUCCGGUACAGAGUUGCUUCAAUCCAAUGGUCAGUUCUUUCUGAUAAAACAGGUUUGAGCACUAAUGCUGGAUUUUAUCAAUUGCAACUUAAUACAGAUAUUUUAUUGCUCAACAGUCAGGAUGUGCUUCUGCCUGUUGAAUAGAGACUGUAAAUAACAGCCACCAAAUCUCCUUCCCCAGUGAAGACAUAGAUAGAUAAACAGACAGACAAACAGUCAGAGAGGGACACAAGAUAUAUAUAUAUAAAUGGUGAAUUAGUACUCAUUUGCUGCAAGAAAAAUCACGUUAUUUGCCAUGGAUUCACAAAUUUAACACCUGAAAUAAUUUGGAAACACUUUUCUAUCAAUUAACUUAUAUCUAUAAUAUUUCUAAGUUUCUGUGUAUGCUACAAACACCCCUUUCUCGACGACGUGUUCAAGGAAUAUAAACUACUGAUAUCUUGUUAACUGAUUGUACCAAUUAAUCACUGAAACUACAAUAUAACAUAGCAAACUGAAUGACAUAACAAACAUAUAGGUGUCAAUACCAGAAAUGUCUAGUUUAACUAUCUUACAAAAAACUGUCAUACUCACAUUGCAGCGUCCAUAAUUAAAUACACUCCUGUUAGCCUCAUCAAUGCACCUGGCUUUUUGUAAGCUCCAACCUGUGAUGUAAUUGAAUUGCCUGCAAAAGUCAUAUUUUCUUUUUUCAUUACCAUUACGAUAUCAACCUAUCGAGUUCAACAUUGUGAGAUUAACAAGUAAAUCACGAUUUAGGCCUGGUUAACUCGAUAAUGUUUUCUGAAUUCAGUUGCGUUACUGGAAUUAAAAUGUUCAGUGAAUUUCAGAUUGUGGUCUGUUCGAAAUGUGAUGUGUGAUAUUGUUUGUCGUUCAGAAAAAAUGGUCAAUCGACAACUGUCACUGGAUUAUAAAAUACCCAUUGAUAUUUGUGAACAUUUUUUAGUGUUUACUCUUUUUGGUGUUUGCUAUAUUACUUUUUGAUUGUGUCUGAUUGAUGCAGUAUGUUCAUCUCUAGAAAGUACAAGUUUACCUUAGUGUGUUAAGAAAUAUUGUUUUUUAUUUGCUAAAUGAAUGCCAAUGUCACAGCUCUGAAGGUAAUUAGAGAUUACAACAAUUAAAACAUUUUUAAAUAUGAAAUCUCUCUCUGUCACUCUUUAUCUCAAAUCAGCUGACAGGUAAAACAGAUGUAGCAACAAUGAUCCAUUCAAACACUUCAUAUAUAGUGAUGUCGCGAACCGUUUGCGAACUUCCCACGAACGGCUCGCCGCAGUUUGCGGCGAGCUCUGGUCAGCUGACACAUCCCGGCCAAUCUCCAGCAGACCCUCCCUCCCAGACCCUCCCACCUCCUGGAUGCUGUCCAGGAGGUGGAAGGGUCUGGGAGGGUGGGUCUGCUGGAGAUUGGCCAGGAUGUGUCAGCUGACCGGAGCUCGCCGCGAACGGUUUGUGGCGAACCGCGGCGAGCUGUUCGCGGGAAGUUCGCGAACGGUUCGCGACAUCUCUAUUCAUAUAUAGUGUUAUUUUGUAACAAUAAGGGUUUCUAUAGUUGGCGAUAUAUAGAUUUGGUUGCCCUCAAGAGUUCCACUGGAGACCAUACAUUUUAUCUGUAAAAGUGGUCAUUCACGACAUUGUAUUCUAACCUGUAAAAUGAUAAUUUAUUUUCAGAAUAUCCAUUACUCGAGUGACGGCUGACAUUUCUCUAGCCAAGAGGUCGGUGCUGAAUAAUCCCAGCAAGAGGGCGAUAAUUGAACGAUCAAACACCAGAUCUAGUUUGGGUAAGAACUUUAUGCAGAACGUGCAAAGUUCACUAUAUGUGCUAUAAAAAAAUCUAGUUAUCAUGUAUCAAAGUAAGGCAACUGCGUGUGUAAAUCAACUACAGUAACAAAUGUAUUGUGGCAUUAUAUAGAUAAUACAUUAAAGAAUUACUCCUAACAAAAAACAGUAUUUUUAUAAAUACACAACCCAUGUUUUUACAGGUUAUCACUUCGUCCCACUGCUGCCAAUACUAGAGUGGCCCGGUCACUCUGUUAAAGGUCUGCAGGGCCCGACUGGGUCCCUGUUCAGGAAUACACAUUGGGUGGCCCAUAGUGCAAGAGACCCCUAGUGGGCCACCUGAAAUUGCAGUAGUUCCGCUGCUGAUGCCAACCAAUGUAACCCAGCCUAGUUCACAGCUUAGUGAAUAGGGGUUGUGUGCAGCAAUUGGGAUAGACGUCUACAAUGCUUGGUCAGUCCCCAAAAAAGGAGCUAAACAAUUAAGCAAUAGAAAUGUUCUUGGUUAUGAUAUGUGAUGUGAUUGACAGCUGACAUCACAUGCUAUAAUUAGUCUUUGCUUAAUCAUGUGGAUUAGAGUGUAAAAAUUGUGACGCAUUAACAAGAUGGCCACCUUCACACUGAAAUACUGUCAGAUCUUCAAGUGGUAAUUAGAGUUAAAUUACUGUAGUUUAGAUGACAAGUAUAUUGUUGUUUUGGGAUUGGUGUUUUAAAUUAAUUUAUGCAAAGAAUAUUUCAGAUGACAGAAAUGUUUUAGAUGUCAGUGCAUGAGAAAUUGAUGUAAAAUUUCAGGCCGAGCAUGUUUAACUUUUUAUACUGUAUUGAUUUUUGUUUAUAACUGGUUGCAAGACCAGCGAAUGGUUACAUCUGUCCCUUUACAUACACAACUCUUAGAAACAAACGUGAAUAGAAAUUGUUAGAAUACCAAAGGUAAAAAAAAUAAAAUAAAUAAAUAAAUAAAUAAUGUAGUCAUAUUUUUCAUUUUUAUUAAGAAGCAUGUUUACUAGUAUUCGACUUACUUUUAUUGAUUACCAACCAUGUGAUUAUUACAAAAAAUAUAUAAUCCUACCUCAAAAUAACGUAAGGAACUAGACAUGUUUGUUUAAAUUUAUAGAUUUAAGAAACCAAUGAGAAUAAUUUAUGAAUGGUACAUUGAAACAGUUCUAUCAGACAAAAGCAUUGCAAAUGGAGAAUUACACAUUUUAGUUAUGUUAAACUCAUUUUCCUGGCUCUAUAGGGUCUUUCAGCCAAAUUUACUAAUACUAAGUAAAAAUUACUUAGUAUUAGUAAAUUUUGCCCUACUCGCUAUACCGCUCAGGGGUGGGGGCCAGGGGGAAGACAUUAGGUCUCCCCCUAUUCUAAUUUAGGGACCCCACCCACCGUUCAGGGGUGGGGACCAGGGGGAAGGACAUUAGGUCCCCCCUUAUUAGUAUUUUGGGCCCCCACCUGCCGCUCAGGGGUGGGGGCCGGGGGGGGAGGACAAUAGUUCCCCCCCAUUAUUUUAUCUUAGGGCCCCCACCCACCGCUCAGGGGUGGGGGCUGAUGGGGGGCAAUAGGUCCCCCCCCUUUUUUUUCUAACAGUGAGCAGCCACAGGCAUAACGGCAUAGCGAGUGGGGGCAUAAUUUACUAAUAUUAAGUAAUCUUUAUUUAGUAUUAGUAAAUUUGGUUGAAAGACCAAUUUAGGUCUUUCAGCCUUUUAGUAAAUAGCUCCCUAAUACUGUGGGAAUUAGGUAGUUAUUUACUUAUUCAUUCCUGUCAUUACAUUGACUGGCUAAAUAACUUACAUUUUAUAUGAAUGUAUGUUACUUGAUUGUUGUAAGUGUUGCAAAUGCUUACAGCUGAAUCCUGGCUAUGUUUGUAUACAUUUUAUUUAAAAUUGUAUACAUUGUAACAUUCUUCAAUCUUUCACUGGGUAAGUAUAUUAGUUCUAAGGCAAUACUGUGCUUCGGAACUUCGACACUUCGGAACUUCAGCAACUUCGGAACUUUGGCACUUCAGCACUUCGGAAGUUCGGCACUUCGACACUUCGGAAAUUCGGUAAUUUCGGAAAUUCGGUAAUUCAUCUAUUCAGACAUUUGGAAGUACCCGAAAGUCCGAAUUGCCCGAAAUUCGCCGAAUUCACAUUCGGACCGAAACGAAUUGCACAUGUCUAGUAUUAGCAGUAUUAGCAUAUUCAGCAAUAUCUCAAAGCUUUGUCAAACAGAUGGAUCCACAUAACUUUCUAAUUUCAUAGAUCAGUAUGAAUUCAAAGUGCUUGUUUUUCCCCAAUUCAUAGAAGGUGCCCUAAAAUAUUUGUAUGCAUUCAGGAAGUGCCAAAAUAAUAUCUGAUAACAGAUAUUGAUAUAUUGAUCUGUAAACUAAAUAAUAUUAAGUGUUGGAAAGUGGCUAUUAAUUUACACCCACAAAUGUAUGCCAGAUAUAAUGUAUCAUAUGUCAUAUUAACUAUUCAUCUAUAUAAAUUUUCCAUCUGGGUACAAGUCAACACAUUAUGUCAAACUGUGACAUUUGAUAAUGUUGUUGAAAUGGAAAGAAUUGGCUGGGCAUUAAAAAUCACUCUCCCUGUUUGAAUAACGUAGUCGGUUUGUGUAUCAACUUCGACUAACUCAGUAAUCUCCAAAUAUAUUCUGAUCUUAUACCAUAUUCUUCCAUGCUGACACAAGUAUUCAAUAAAAGUGUGAAUCGACAGAAAUUCAAAGUGAAUUUCACAUUUUAAACUCAAAUAGCAAAACUGGGAAAAAGUAAUUUAUUUUUAUUAUUAAUUGCUUAACAAAGACUGUUUCAAAGGCUGAAACGUUGUCACUAUGGGAUGGAAGUGUUUCCAUGUUACUCACCUGUUCGUGUGUCUUGUCCUUUCUUUUGUCUUCUGCGAUUUCCUUUCUUUUGUCUUACACAUAUUUAAAUUAUAUGUGUCAGUUUUGCUUUGAAACUUUGAAAAUUUGAGAUUCAAUCUGAAUUUGCGUGGAGUUUCCAGCAGUCACAUAAAUUACCCAGAUAAUCUUCUAGGAGCUAAUCUCUGGAGCUGUACUGAUGAAAGAAUUGGCACACCAAAGCUGGCGUUGAACUUUAAUGCUAGUUUUGCACUUUCUUAAGUAGCUGCCAAGGUACGCUGCAUUAAUUUAUAAGUUAUAAUGCGAAAAUAUCGCAACUAAAAAUAAACAUGAUAUAACGCUGACUUUAACACGUAUGGCAUCGCAUACAGAAUAAUGACCCAUGCUAAAUGUGUAGAGUUUUAAUGUUAAAAAAAAAAUAAAACUACGAAAAUGUGAACUAAUGCAGUUGCUAUAUUUACUUGCGAAUGCAGUUGCUAUUUUUAAAAUCUCACAUAGUAAUCUGUGUGUAGUGAAACUCUGUGUAGAUUUUUCUGUUGGGAAAUGUGAUAAUUGAUUGAGAAUUAUAGAUAGCUUAGUUAAUUCGGAAAGAUGAUAAUGAGAUGCCAUGUGAAGAUGGUUCUUGCAGAUUAUAUAUAUUCUACAUUUAGGACUUUAACCCCUUAAGGACCAAACUUCUGGAAUAAAAGGGAAUCAUGACAUGUCACACAUGUCAUGUGUCCUUAAGGGGUUAAGCAGAUUGCAUUGAAUCAAAACCCACAUUGUAAAAUAUAGGAAAUAUAUUCAGCUCUGGAAAGAUUGGCGAGUGCAGAUAUAGUCACAGCUUAGCUAUGCGACCAAAGGUUUUGCAAUCUGUUAGUCAUUUCAAUUCACAGUUUACUGAAUAAACUAGAUAAUAAAUUAGAUAAUCUCUGCAUGUUAAUGUAUUGGCGGUUACACAAACAUGAAAGGAACAUAUAUACAGUUUGGAAGUUUUUAAUUCAUGCCAGAAUUCAUAAUGAGUACUGUAGCCAAUCCUCUGACGUCUGUCACAUUGUUUUCAGAGAAGGGCUACAAAACUGGUUCAUGGAUUUCAGGAUAAAACUUACAAGGGAAGGUUAAAGGAAUUUAACAUGUAUUGCUUGGAGGAAAGACGAGACAGGGGGGAUAUGAUAGAAACAUUUAAAUAAAGGGAAUCAGCACAGUAAAGGAGGAGAAAAAGAAGAAAAACUACCACAACAAGAGGACAUAGUCUUAAAUUAGAAGGGCAAAGGUUUAAAAAUAAUAUCAGGAAGUAUUACUUUACUGAGAGGGUAGUGGAUGCAUGGAAUAGCCUUCCAGCUGAAGUGGUAGAGGUUAACACAGUAAAGGAGUUUAAGCAUGUGUGGGAUAGCCAUAACACUAUCCUUGUUAUAUGAUAAGGCCAGAGAAGUAUUUAGAAAAUUGGGCAGACUAGAUGGGCCAAAUGGUUCUUAUCUGCCGUCACAUUCUAUGUUUCUAUGUUUUAUAAAACAAUUUUGCUUUAAAGAAUAACUUUCACUGCCCAGGAUUUUAAUAUUAUAUUUACUCAUCUCUAAAUUGAAUUAAUAUCGAACACCUCGUUAUCCUGCAACUGACACCUCCAUCUUAGCUUGCUGCCAAUCAUCCUUUAGAUUGUAAAAUAGUUUUGUCAGGGGACACUUAACCUAUUAUUUUGUUGAAAUGUAUGAAAUAUGAAUCUUGGUUGCCUAAUGUACAGUGCGGCAGAAUAUGUCAGCGCUAUACAAAUAAUUAUAAUUGUUAUAAACUCUGUCCUUAGCAUAAGGUGCAGACAAAAUGCACCUAGAGUACGUUUGUUAAGAUGUACACUUGGAAUAUCGACUAGCGUGUUUAUUUUACACAGAGUAGUGGGAGAGAUGGUCUUGCUUAUAAGCACUGGGCAGUUAUAGGGGUAUAUUGACUGUGAGUUGUGGAGUCUGACCACAGACAUGCUACAAUGAGUCUAAAAUAUGUUGACAAAGGUCCAUUGUUGGGAACGGCAGAUUAUUCUUACAGAAUUCCUUUUAACCAAAAGGAACCAGUGGAACGCAAAAUGGUGGAACGCAAAAUGGUACAAACAGAUUUAAUACUAUUACAUUUCCAGAGGAUAUAUUAAUUCAUAAUUUAUUUAUUCUCAUGCUGUAGAUUUAAUGAUUUAAUUUAAAUUCCGCUACAUUAAAAUAUGUGUGGUUCAACAUUUAUUUCCCCAUAUGUGAUGAUUUUUUAAAAUUAGUUGUAUUUUUUUAAAUCAAUCACUUAACACUGAACGCAUCGUGUAUACAACCUUAUUUAAACAAUUUCUUUCUUGUGCCAGAAAAUCUUACUAGUAUGGUAACAAUUAGAUGUUGUAAUUUUAAAUGCUUUCCUGUUUCUACUUUGUUUAAUCUAUGUAUUUAGUGUUAUACCAUUCUCCUUGCAUGUAAAUAAAGAUGACAAAAUCCUUUCUAGUAUACAUCGGUCACCAAAGAUAUACAUACACACUAUGGUAUAUGCAGUUCACAAAAAUCCACCUAUCACAUGGGGGGUUAAUAGCAAGAUCUCCAUCUGUUGGUUUAAUCUACAAAUGCCAUGAUGUUCAACCAUGUAAAAGUUUAACUAUGUACAGAUUUCCUCAACCUCACUUCUAGCAAGUAAGAGUCCUGACUGAUUUUACUUUAUAGAGCGAAUUGUGAGUGAUUGUUUUACUGAUUUAUCAUAGAUUAUGGGAGGCUGGUACACAUCUUCCACAUCUACUAAGAAGCUCAGAUCACUCAUCUUCCCUAUUGUAAUGUUUACUUAAAUGAACACUAAAUCAUUAGGAAUUUAAACAUGUAUUCAUAACAUUAUAGCGUCCUAGUACCUAGUUAGAUUAUAGGGAUCCCUAAAUUAAGACAGUAAGCAGAUUUACUUACCUUUACUCAAUCACCGCGCCACUCUCAGUUCUGCCACUCUGCCUUCUUGGCUGAGAUCAUUAAUGUUGAUGAUCUCAGCCAAUCCAAUGCCUCCCCAUAGGGGAAUAGUGCACAUGUGUGGCAAAUUGUCACACUGUCCAUCAGCAUCUCUUUAUAGUGACGCAUUCAAUCAAUGUGUCUCUAUGGGAGACGCUAAAUGUAGUUCCAGGUAAGAUUGUACAAGCUCAUCCAGAAACUCUCUCUAGUGGUUGUCCGAGUGACAGCUAGAGGUAGAUUUAAGCAGCAAUGUCAACACUGCCUUUUUUUUGUAUGUUUUUUGUAUGUUUCCCAGGUGAUAGGGUUCUAUAUAAUUUAUAACAAUUAUUUUCCGUAUUUAUUUUUAGCUGAAGUUCAAAGUGAAAUUGAAAGAAUCUUCGAAUUAGCCCGGUCGUUACAAUUGGUUAUUUUAGAUGCAGAUACAAUUAACCAUCCAGCACAACUCAUCAAGACAUCAUUAGCGCCUAUAAUCGUACAUGUUAAAGUGUCCUCUCCAAAGGUAACUCUUUUUUAUUUUUUCUUUCUAUGUCUUUAUAGAAGGUUUUUUUUCAUUGAUAAUUGUAUCUCUGAACCGUACACGAAUCUCCAUUCUCAAAGGUUCCAUAGUAUAUUGCAGCGAGAGAUAUAACUAGCACUUACCAUACAAAUGGGCCUCAAUUUAAUAUUGUUCGAUAAGCUUUCCAAAUAAUUUAAUAUCUUUGGAUAAACUUUUCAAAUUACCUUUUCAACAUAUAAAAAUAUGAAAAGAUAUAUCACAUAAAUGUAAUAUAUAAAAUAUAUCAUAAUAUUAAAUAAUUUAGAUAUUCUUCAUUCUAUUAAAUCAUUUUUACAGAAAUAUUAAAUAAUUCGGAAAGCUUAUUCGACAAUAUUAAAUUGUGCCCUAUAUUUGAGACAGUUGUUUAACCCCAUAAGGACAUGUCAUGGUUCCCUUUUAUUCCAGAAGUUUGGUCCUUACGGGGUUAAAGAACAAAUUAAAUAUCCCUUCCAAGUGACCCUGGGAGGUUUAUUCCCUAUUUUGUUAUAUUUUGUGCUUUUUAAACAUACAUCACAUUUUUCCCUCCCCAGAACCUGUUGUUUUCUAAAAUAUGAAGCAGAAAGCAGGAUCUAAAAGCUGUUUUAUUCUUUAAAUGUUUAUAUUCAAAAUGGAGAUAAUGAAAUAUGAGACAGCAAUGAUUUAUUCAAUUAAAAUUAAUUUGUAGUGAAUUAAAAUGUAAUAGCUGAAUUUAGCUAGAAAAAUUUGCAACUAGCUAUUGGAAACUAGCUAUUUCCACAAAUGCUAAUUUUGCCAAAAUGUUGCAAUUCAGUUUACCAGAUCAUUAUUAUUUAGCGUUGGGUGAAACUCUACAAACUUUAACCGUGAGAACAAUUACCUCUCAGACAGACAUUACGUUAAAAGUCUGCCUUGAUUGGCUGAAAGGGUGCAUAUUCAGAUAUCAUAUGUCUCAAACUGAUCACCUGUAAGGGUAAAUAAGAACAAAUAUCCUAUAUUUGUAUAAAUUGUUAAAAUUAUUCAGAUUGCGUAAAGUAGAAACUGAAAUAAAUUGUCGAACAUGUUCUCAUGCAACCAUCCAGUUCUUCUUUUAACUUUAAAACAAUUACUUAUGAAAGCUUGUUCUUGAAAGACAAACAUAUUUGAAGAUUUGUGGCUCUGUGGCCUCUCUCCAGCUUCUCUGGGACUGCAGCAUCUACCAUUCUCAGCCAGCCAUAGGUCCAGUGGCAUACACGCAAUCCAUGGGGCCCCGGUGCGAAAACUGAUCCGUGCCCCCCCCUCACGCGCUCACUCUGCGCGGGCUGGGGCCGCAACACAUGGCGGCGGGCACCUGGUCGCAGGGGUCGCAGGGCUGCGACCCCUGCAACCGCUGUAUGUACGCCAGUGCAUGCAGAUACACAUACACUUAAAGGACCACUACAGACACCCAGAUCACAUCAGCUCAAUGAAGUGGUCUGGGUGCCAGGUCCCUCUAGUUUAACCCUGCAGCUGAAAACAUAGGGUUAAUCCAGCCUCUAGUGGCUGUCUCAUUGACAGCCGCUAGAGGAGCUUCUGCGAUUCUCACUGUGAAAAUCACAGUGAGAAGACGCUGAACGUCGAUAGGAAAUCAUUGAGUAAUUCUUUCCUAUGGGCGGUUUGUAUGCUACACACACACACACUCACACACACUCUCUAACACUAACACAUACACACUCUAACACUAACACACACACUCUAACACACACACCUCCCUACCUUUGGGGGUGCUGAGGGGAUUCCCUGGGGUCCAGUGUUGCUCCUGGGUGGCCGGUCCUGUGGGCUGGCUGUCUGGCUGGCUGGCUGGCGGGCGCGCAAGGGAGCACUGUCCCCUGAGUGCUCCCUGUUCAGCUCCAUCACACGCGGUGUACUGAUGCCGGAGCCGGAAGAUGACGUCAUCUUCCGGCUCCGGUAUCAGUGUGGUGCGUGAGGGAGCCGAAGAGGGAGCACUCAGGGGACAGUGCUCCCUCGCGCGUCUGCCAGCCUGCCCGCCGGGUGACACCAGGGCCAGCCUCGUGGGGCCCUGAGGUGGCCGGCUCCUGGGCCCCCAGGAGAAGAGGCUGGCCACAGUGGGUACAUACCGUGUCGCAGGGUGGCCGGGCCCCCUGGUGGGCCGGGCCUGGUUGCAGCCGCGACCCCUGCGACCCCGGUAUGUACGCCACUGCAUAGGUCAUUUGAAGCUAAGUGGAGUUGUUGACCUAAAGCAGUGAGAACAUAUGAAAAUGAUAAAAUGAUGAAUGGUGCCGUUAUGGCUAAGGGCAACCUUUGGCACUCCAGGUGUUGUGGACUACAUUUUCCCUGAUGCUUUGCCAGCAUUAUGGCUAUCAAAGCAUUAUGGGUGAUGUGGUUCACAAUAUCUGGAGUGCUGAAGCUAGUCAACGCCUGGCUUAGCGCUUUCAAAGAAAUUGUAAUUGUUGCGAUUCAUGGUUGUGAUAACUGCUGCAACUAUUUUGAGUCUAUGGGUUUUAUUUUUCUAAAGUUGUGGUGAGUUGCCAACUGUAUUAUACAUUUUAUACCACAACACCAACAAAAAAAUAAAAAAAUAUAUUAAUGCUAAUACAGUGACCGAUGUUUGUAUUCUCUGAAGAAAGCUUAAUAAAAAUUGAUUUACAAAAAAAAAUAUUUAAUUUUGUCUCAACGUGCCCUUAUUUUUGCAACUCAGUUACCAACUCCCACAGCGAAUAAAUGCUUAUAGCUACAGGCAUCCAUCUCUGAGGUGAAAAUAAAUAUUUUUAACAAAAAACAUGAUUCUGUUUUUGUAGGUGUUGCAACGGCUCAUUAAGUCCAGAGGAAAAUCCCAAAGUAAACAUCUAAAUGUACAGUUAGUGGCUGCCGAUAAACUUGCACAGUGUCCUCCAGUAAGUAAACAUAAUAUUUCCCCUCAUUUAACUUGUUCCAAUGCUUAUUUGCCUCAUGUUUUCUCGUGUUUUCUUGACUCCUCUCGAAAUAAUAUCGAAAACACCUUAUUAUUAUACUUUUUUAGCAUCUUGGCUCUCGGACAGUCACUAUUAUAAACUCUGUGCUUUGCAUCUGACAUGUGAAUGCACACAGAAUAAUAAUGUAACAAUGUUUAUUUUUCUUUCUCUGGAGUAAACCGGAAUGUCAUUGGCUAAAUCAUUAAUAUAAAUAUAACGUGAUAUCACAUGAACAAAAAGGUAUAGCUCAUUGGCUCACUCCGCUGACACUCUCAGCCAAUGAGCCAUGCUUAGCUCCAGCUCCAUAGGAGGUCCAAUGCUUUGACUAAUCACCCUCUUAAGUGAGCCUUACACUAACAAUUCACCUUUCUUGUUUAAGCUUAAAACACAAAAUCUCUAAUGAGACAGAGAAACCCCUAUAGAUUUAUUAACCCUUAAUAGGGAACACAUGGGGUGGGUGUCAGCACUGUAACAUGUCUGUGCGAUACAAAAGCAAAUACAAACAUACAAAAUUAAGCCCUGCGCUUAAACUCCCACUACUCCUGGGCGGCAGAAAUGACUAUAGUACUCAUCAGCCCCAACACAUAGAAUAAAAAAACGAAAAAGUUAUCUACGCGCUAUUUCAAAUCCCUAUGUUUUUAUAUUCCCAUAAGACUAAUCAUAUAAGGCCUUCCAGCAUUUAAUAGAGCAGUAGUACUGUACUAUGGGCUCACAUUAGCUGUAUUCCAAUCACGCUUCACAUUUUUUAGUAAGUCGGUUUAUUCAUAUUGAUAAUGUGAAGUGCAGCCAGAACACUCCAUAAAUGGACCAACAUCAUGUAAAAGCAUUGCACAUUAAAUAAAGAAUGCCCAUUGUAAACAUUCACUGGAAACCUGGAAGGCAUUGGAUUGUGGUGGUCUGAUUUGUAAAAAUUCUGCAGCAGAGUUAGAAUGGCCUGAUUGAUAUAAUUAAUUAUCAUGACAGGGAUUAUUCUACACAUUAUUAAAUACAACUUCCAGUGCCUCACUUGUACUAAAUAUAAAUGUUAAUUCAUUAUUGUAGAAAAAUGGUGGCUCUCACGAAUCAUGGCAGUUGCUGUUCUAGAGCAGGUAAAUGGGUCUAACUUUUGUCCACCCCUAGUGUAGAAAACCGGCCAUGUGUAAUUAUUCUCUUAUAAGCUCUGUAUUAUCUCUUUUUAUUGCUAAACAUGUCGAAUAUCUAUCGAAUACCAUCCUUUGACCAAGAGUACUACUCUUAUCUAUAAUGUAAUACACUCUAACAUAGAGUAUUACAGUGAGCUGUAGAAGAAUACCAUCAGUGAGGUCUGGUGAUGUUUUAAGAUAGACUCCACCCCAACGCAGUAUUACAUCACUUCCUAAAAACUAACAAAAACGAAUAAGGGAUACUGGACUUAGAGGUGCAAUACAUAAUUUUGCCUCUAGAUGUCACCAAAGGAUAACAUUAAACUUUUCUAAUAAUUAUGAUUAUUGUUAUAUUUUACUAUCACUGUAUAUAGGUCCAACUUAUUCAACAUAAACGUAGCAAUUCUACAGUUAGGAUACAAACACAUAAACAACAAAAUAAUACUCUGUUAUGAUAAAGCAAAAUGCUAAUCAUGUCUGUAGCACUCUCUGCUAACAUAUGGAUUAGUAUUCUGCUCGUGAAAUAUUACAGUAUAACUCUGUCUACUUACCUUUUAUCUGCUUGUACACAGAAAGAUGACAAGCGUUUCAUACACGUGUACCUUGUUCAGUUUGUGAAUGAAAAGUAUGUUACUUAUUCAUUUUUGUUAAACCAGGAAAUGUUUGAUGUAAUCUUGGAUGAGAACCAGUUAGAAGACGCAUGUGAGCACCUGGCAGAGUAUCUAGAAGCUUACUGGAGGGCUACGCAUACCACAAGUAGUACGCCAAUGACCCCUCUCCUGGGCAGAAAUCUGGGAUCAACUGCACUUACAUCAUACCCAACAGCUAUCUCUGGAUUACAGGUAUUGCCAGGUCUCAGAGUGCAUUGACUAAUAUGUUUAUUAAUCAUUUUGUGAAUGUAUUCCUUAAAAAAACAAUGUCCUGUUAUUGUUAAGGGAUAAGUUAUCUGCCAUUGUACACCAUAUAGUCUUGGUUUAUAAGAAAUUGUUGGACACUUGGCAUCGACAAACUUCAAAUGUAUCUUUGCAAUUCUUUAUGCGAAAGUAGGUUUCUUUAUUUUUUAUAUUUAAUGUGUGUUUGUAUGUAGUAUGGUUUCAGGUUUGUAUUUUUUACCUUUUUUUUAAAUAUAGUCAAGGUACUCGAGUUCUGUUUCUACUCCUCGUAUACUGUUGAAGGCCACCUUCCCUUAUUGCUGUACAGUAAUUUGCUUUGAAUAAAGAAUUGUAAUUAUAAACAUAUUUUCCGGUUGAGGAUUGGAAUGAUUGGUUUAAAUUUGUACAAAAAAAAUAAAUAGAAUAAAACACAAUAAAAUUAACAGCAGCUAUUUACCCCCUUUCAACGGCUUUUAUUGGUGGCCGAGAAUAGCACCAAGGCUUUACAUAUGUGACACAUAUUGAAUGUGCUCUCCAUAUAUUUGUCUCUGUGUAUAUAUACACAUAUAUACAGUGGUAUCCUGGUUUUGUGCGCCCCCCCACCCCCGCACCACCCCACCCUUCCCCACUGCCCCGCCUUCUAAAUACAAACACACUCACUAAGAGACACAUACAGUUACUAGCAGACACACACAUUCACUAACAGACACGCAUACACUCUCACUAACAGACACACACAUAGUAACACACUCCCUAACAGACACACUCACUUACAGACACACUAACAGACCCACACACACACUAACAGACACUCACUAACACACACACACUCACUAACACACACACACUCACUAACAGACACACACACACACUAACACACACUCACUCACUAACACACAGACACACACUCACUCACUAACACACACACACACACUCACUAACAGACACACACACACACUAACAGACACUCACUAACACACACACAUUCACCAACACACACUCACUCACCAACACACACUCACUCACUAACACACACUCACUCACUCACUCACUCACUCUCACUCACUAACAGACACACACACUCACUAAGACACACACACACUCACUAACACACACUCACACACUUGUGGUUCUUUUUUUUAAAUUCAACCCCUCCCCAGCCUCCUUACCUUUGGGAAUGCUGGGGGGGGGAUUCUUCCUCUCCCUGGGGUCUAGUGGGGCUGCUGGGUGGUCGGGCGGGUGGCGCUGGCCGCAGAGUGAUGCCGGGAGCCGGAAUAUGACGUCAAAUGCCCUGGACUUUGCCCUGGGCAUUUGGGGGCGGCUUUUUUUGCUGCCCCCUGGAAAAUGCCGCCCAAGACAAAUGCCUUGUUUGCCUCGCAGCUAAAAUGUCCCUGCAUAUAUAUAUAUGCAUAUACUAAACAGUUAAAUCGUUUUUAUUAUGUUUGAUACUCAUUUUAUAUAGAAACAUCAAGCAUUUUCUUUAACUGUUUAGUCUUUUUGUGCCCCUCCAUUGUAUCUGUUUUUAUGAAAUAAGGAAAGUUUAAAUUUUUAUUGGAAUUUGGUAAAUCCUAGAAGAUAUGGCAAGUUCAGCUUUUCAAUGACCAUUUUAGUGGUAAGGUGUCUUGGCUAAGUCUAUUGUUUGACAUGUUCUCAAUCCUAUAUUCUUGUUGCAGAGUCAACGCAUGAGGCAUAGCAACCAUUCUACAGAAAACUCCCCCAUAGAAAGAAGAAGUCUAAUGACCUCAGAUGAAAAUUAUCAUAACGAAAGAGCUCGGAAGAGCAGGAAUCGCUUGUCUUCCAGUUCCCAGCAUAGUCGUGACCAUUAUCCCCUUGUGGAAGAAGAGUAUUCUGACUCGUAUGUGGACACUUACAAGCCUCACAGAAACCGUGGAUCUCCUGGAGGUUAUAGCCAUGACUCCAGACACAGGCUUUGAGUUUGGGAACUUGAUAUAGAGUAACGAUCAUCCACCUACUUGCUCCAGACUCCACCAGCAAUGCUUAAUUAUCUUAUGCAUUGUUGGUUAAUCAAUGCAUCCACAAGGGGUUUAUGUGAUUUCUCAUAACAUACAGAAGAUAGAACUACAGACCAUUUUAUUUUGCCAGAUAAAGGCAUCUUGUGAUGCUCUAUCACGGGUAAAAUAGUUGACACCCACAUAUAUAUAUAUAUGCAUAUACAUGUGUAGGUAGACAUUUAUUGUGCCCUAUUCACAAAUCUUUUACUGACAUUAACAUUAGAGUAGUAUCUUUUUUUGUGUAGAGUAUUAAACAUAUCCAUCUGUAAUCUAGAACAGGCAUUUCAAACUCUAGUCCUUGAAUUCCCCCAAUGUGGCAACUUUUGAAGACAUCCUUGCAUGUAGACUACAUGUAGGUUGAGUCUUUGGAACACGUGAAUCUCACAAAAUGGCUUCCCUCAUGCUUGAUUCACAUGUAUCCUCACAGGAUGAUAUUACAAAAAUAAAUUUUGGGGAUUUAAGGAUGAGUUAAUGUUUCCUGUUCUAGGGUACUUGUCAAGGCAUGUACAGGUCGGGGUGACCUCACUGUUUGUAUAAUUAAGGAUGUUUACAGAAAUUAAUACAUUUCUGCAGGGAAGCACUAAGUAAAGUUAAGAUUGAAAGUACCAUCUACAUUUGACUCGUUUUAGCCCUGCGGAAUGAUUUUAUUUAUUUUUAAAUGUCCCUGAUUAUAUCAGUGAUGGGUUCACCCUAGUAUGGGUACAAUUUCCUGAACUAGGAAAUUUCAAAUGAACAGUUCCAGUUGGAACCAAUUUAUAAGCCAGUUCCUGUUGGAAUUUGGGUAAAUUGACUGGAAAGUCUAUUUGAGCAUGUUGCAUUCGCUUACAAAUAAUAACAUUGGAGGACAGUAAUAGCCAAUGUUAAAAUGAAAAAAAAUAAUCUCUAUUGACGUUUAUUUUGUUAGAUCAUAGGAGGUAUUUUGUCUUAGUAUAUUACAGAAUGUAUAUCUAAAUGACACUAAUAUUACCAACACAUAUUUUCCAGUGUUUGACAAUUUAAAUUUGAAGAGGGCCAUACAGAGUAAAAAUUGCACAAAAUUUUAUUGUUGAUUGACGUAGAUUUAAUUAACUGUAGGAGUGAUUGAUUGGGCAAUAUUUUUUUAUGGGGCAAUAUUUAACUCAAAGUCACAUGCUUUGAGGAAAAGCACAGCAUAUAAACCACAAUAUGAUUUUCCAUUGAACACCAUCACCUGUUAUUAAUGACUAAUUAGACAUGAUUUGGUAGUUGUCAAAAAAAAUAGUACAUUAGAAGUCAGACAUAUUUUUGGAAAGAUAAUUACAGGAACGUACCACUGUUUUGGUAUUGAUGUAUGAAGCAAUCAGGGCACUAUUUUUAUCACCAAUAAUAUCAAUGUUUCAUUUAUUGAAAUGGUAAUUAUAUCCGAUAUAGUAGUAAGAGCAUUUAAAUACAUACAGUCACACAUGAGGUGUAUUUGAAAAGUGUAAGUUUUUUUGCAUCAGGCAGAGAAUAUACAUGUUUACCCUAUCCUACUGAUAAAACAGUAAGAUUAUUAAAUAUAUGUAUUUACAGGAUUCGUGUUUAUAAAUACGUUUUCUUGGGGGGUUUUUGUAGAACGAUUGUAUAAUCUGAUACAGAAAAAAUUUGUUUUUUAACAACGGGUGGCCAUAUAGAUAUAGAAUGCC